AUGGAUGAUACGCGUAUAGAGUGGAUUAGAAACAAGAUUUAUCUCGGACUUGGGAUCACAGACCCAGAGGUGUUUGAUGAUCUGGUCACCCGAGAAGAUGGGCAAUAUGAAAACGAAAUACUUAAAUUUCUGAACGAAACUCCAAAAGAAGGCUGCACCAUGAUAUUUUACUCCAUGUUAAAGGAGGAAGAAGAGGAAAUUGAAGUUGAGGCAGGUAUGUUUACCAGCUCAAAAUUUAGAUUUCUUUCUGGCGCCAUUUUUGUUCAGUUGAAAACAAUGCAGGGGCUUUGUUGUUGCGUAGAGGAUUAGAAGCAUAAUAGACUCGGUUUUGCCGGUUUUUUCUCUUGUUCUCUUAAAGAUGGUUAAAUGUUGCUAUAGAUAAGAAAGAAAACUGGUCUUCAUAAACUGGAAACCAUGUUGUUUUGUCUAACGUAAUAAUUGGACACUGUUUUACGUCUCUCUAAACACAUUGCCUUCGACCUUUUGGAUUUUAACUCAGGCCUUUUAUAAUUGUAGUAUUUUAGUAUAUGGGAACAUCAGUUUUGUCUCUUAAAUAGCUCUACUGGGUUUUUAUUUGUGCUUGUAGAGUUUAGUUGGAUCAACUACAUACAUGUACACUUUAAGGUCAGUAAGGAGCCACAUGCCUGUAUUACAGCUAGUGUACAGCAUGUUGUUUUUUACUUGUCUGUAGCAUAUAGUCGUACCUCCCAUAAGCAACCAACUAAAAUGCAAAGAUUCAGUGGUCGCUCAUGGUAAUCAAAUGAAAUAGUAUGUCUUCCGAGGUGUGGACAUACCUACUUUUGCGGCCUUUUGCUACUUUUGCAGGGCUGUCAUUAAGGGCCUGAGGGGCAGGGGGCAGGGGAUUCUAGUAUGAAUGUGACCCCUUUCUACUUUAAUAGGAAACUAGAAGAAAAACAGAACCAAACAAUAUUCCUAGCUGUUUGAUUUCCCACCUACUUGAAUCGUAAUUACUGUUUACAAUAAUUAGUAAGUUACAAUAUGUGCAGUUAUAUGCUUUCACUAAAAGUUCUUCUGUAUAUACUCUGUGUAGGUAGUCGAUACAGUGAUUAUAGUAAUCAGACUGUAUGUCAUCUCAAAAUAUGCAAAAUUAUAAAUCCUUUAGUCCAAAAAGUGGCAGCAACGCAGACAAGGGGUGUUCAUUUAGUAGAGGUUCUAAACAUUAUGCUUUGGCGGGAAAAAUUUUGUUGUUAAAGUAACUGGAUUGGUGUUUGCUUAUAGGAGAUAGUCACUUAUGAAAAGUUGUUGGAGUUUCAUUUGCAUAAUCAUACACGCAAGAGAGUUGGGAGGGAGGAGGUUGGCUAUCCUCCUCCUAGGAGUCUAAUAUUGUUUGUACAUGUAUUGUUUUGUCAUUAGUUUUAACCGUAAUUUUUUGCAAACUGCAUUGUCAGUAACAAAGUACGUUACUGACUUUAUUUUCUUGGUUCUGCAAAAUUGUUAUAAUGUUAUUGUUACUCCUACAAAUGGCUAAUUUCAGUAACCAUUCAUCAGUUGUACUGGUAUGUCUAAAUUUUGUACUGCUGUGUUAGUGUAGUCUAUGUAAUAAAUAAAUGUUAUCUUUUUCCUCAAGAACCCGAAUUGCCAGAGCUGACAGCUAGUGGUGACGAAGAAGGUGAAAAGACCUCCACAAACGAUGCAGCUGAGGCAGCAGCUGAGGGGGAUGAAUUGGUAAUGGAGAGAGUGCCAUCAGCUUCUGCACGUUCCAAGGCUGCUGAUGAAACCUCAUCUGUCAGAGAAGGUUCCCAAGCUGCAGAAGCUGCACCACAAACAAAUCCUGAAACUGGAGAAGAUAUGCCUGCAUCUGCUGCUGUGGAGGGUGCAGAAGGGGGAGGAGCAGAAGAUGGAGAGGAGCAUCAAACCACCCCUCCUCUCCCUCGAACCGUAAGUACAGUAGUUGUUGUCUUGACUCUUAGUACUCUCAUUUACUGUAAUAGUGUUAAAUAGAUUUAAGUAAAUUUUGUUCUUAAUUUCAGAAAAUCAUCAUACAGAAAGUUAUAAGGACGGUAAUGUAUGUUUGCUAUGAACACCUCCCUGAAGACUUUGCUGAUGAGAAUGCCUUUUAUUUUGUACGAAAUACCACUGGUCCAGUGCCCCUUCCAUCAACACUCGAUGAAGCAGAAGAAAUACUUCCCCCUCUAUUUGAGUUUGGCUCACAUAAUGGGGCUUCCUUACAAAUGCUUGAGCAGUUGUUAGCUUUGGUCUAUAUGCCGCUGCUCUCACACAAUGGUCAAAGAAAUGAGAGUUCAUCUGAUGGUGGAAGUCAUAAACAAAGCAGUGUAACUGGCGAUGACCAGGGCUCCGAGGAAAGCCGUUCAAGGGUCAUCUUACGAGAUGAAUUUUUAAUGAACAUACAGAAAUUUUCAUCCCACAUCAGCCGAACAAUUCACCAACUGGAGGGAGACAUUCGUCUUGAAAUGCCAGAUGUUAUUCUGGGUGAUGAUAUUGCAGAAAUGGCUAAAGAUACUGAACUGGUAGCCAUGUUAGAGGAAACUUUGCAUAACUGGGAAGUCACAAUAUCUUCUGCACUGGAGAUCCAGUUAAAAAAGACACCACAGGGGAAUGGACCUUUAGCCGAAAUAGACUUCUGGAGAGAGAGAAAUGCUACGUUGAGUGCGAUCACUGAACAGUUAAAACUUCCAACAGUUAAUAAAGUGGUAGCUAUCUUGACUAAUGUCCAUUCUGAAAGUCUGGCAAGUUUUGAGUAUCACAGAGCAGAACUAACAAAAUACUACACUGAAGCGAAGGACAAUGUUCGUUUUCUUUCCACUCUUGAGAGGCAUUUUAAAAACUUAGCUCUUGGUGCUAGCUUCAACAUUGUUUUGGAGACUAUCCCAUCAAUGAUGAAUGCCUUGAGAAUGGUGUGGAUUAUAUCACGACACUACAACAGAGAUGAGAGAAUGGUGCCAUUAAUGGAAAGGAUUGCUUGGGAGCUUAGUGAAAGAGUGUCCAAGAUUGUCAAUGUCCGCACAAUUUUCAGGUGAGUAUAAAAGAAUUUGUUUUAAGUUGUUGAACUCUCAAUAAAGGAGUUUUUUUAUAAAGAAAAUGUGGUGCUGCAUUGGCGGAGAUUGAUGGGCUUAUCAACUGGAUUGAAACAAAGAUUGAAAAGCUUGCAUUAGUAAUGUUCUUCAUGAUGUAGUUCUUCAACUGAAGGCUCCUGGCAAAACUAUCCCCUUCAUAAUAAUUAUUAUAUUAUUAAGAUUGGGUUAUGCUUAGAAAAUGACCUCUCCCCCUCCCUCUCCCCCUCUCCCUCCCCCAACCUGCCCCCUCUCCUCCAGGGUAGAUGUCCAUGCAAUGCCCUUAACCACUUUCUUUGUCAGAACUCUUCCUCCAGACAAUAAACUCACGCUCAAUAAAGAACAGAACUGAGUUAACACCUCUAACUCUCUCUUGGUAAAAUUUACAAUCUCUCGCCAUGGGAUUUUUUUUGCUGAUCGAUCACAAUCUUGAAACAAGAUCCUAUAAUAUCCAGAAACCUCGGCUUCCAUGCCCAGACAACCUUUCAGGGAGUGCCUUACUAGUUCACAAAGGAAAAGAUGCAAACAAAACGUUAUUAACAUCCUAAUAUCAUCCUACGAAUUCUCAGAUUCCUGCAAAAUUCCUGUGGUGAGCAUACAUUUUACAUUGUACCAUGUGUCAGGAAUCCAGAGUGAAUUAAAUUUUAGUCUGGAGUUUGCAAUGAGUUAUUACUCCGAAAACCCGCCAGUUUACGGGACACAAUAAAAUCUGUCUGGUUGUCCAGGACUAGCAAAUUUUCUUGUCGGACAAGUAACUUUGUUUCCACUUGCCCAGUGGGUAAGAGUUCAGGCAAGUCAACAUCUUGAAGCUAACUCACUAGCUAAAACAAUCAAUGGCCUUAAGCAGGCAAAAUGUGAGACCUGCUUAUCCAAAGGACAACCUAAAAGUCAAGAAUUUUUUUAGUCUUGAAUUUUAAGCAAUUGAUGCAACAUUUUGCUUGUCCAUUGAUUCCCCAGGGAGCCUCCAUACCUUAUGAAACAAAAAACUACUGAAGCCAAGAGGACAUUGGAAACAUGGAAGGAAUCUUACUUUGAUGUGCGAGCUAAGAUUGAAGCUUCUGGCCGAGAUGCGAGGUGGGAGUUUGAUAGAAAACGUCUAUUUGAGAGAACAGAUCACAUGGCCUCGAUUUGUGAGGAUUUGAAGGAGGUGGCAACUGUCAUGGAAGAGUUCUACAAUAUUUUUGGACCCGAACUCAAAGCUGUUACUGGCGAUCCCAAGCGCAUUGAGGAUGUGUUGAAAAGGGUUGAUGGGCUUGUUAAACCUAUUGAAACUGUAAGUUAAUGGUGUAGUGAUAUUGUAGAAUGGUUUAUGUCCCAUUCACACCAACUCAACAAACAAAUGAAAAACAGUAAUGGACAUGCUUUUACAUGGAAUUAUUCAAAUGAAUCUUUUGAAAUGUUACAUAACAAUAUUUUUUUAUUGCGCUAAAUUUGCCCUCAAUAAAAUUACAGUAAGAAACUUUUAUAAAGAAAACAAAUUUAAACGAUGUUUAACUAAACAGCUUUUAAGCAUUUUUAAGCUUUGGUGUGAAUGGGACUUAAGUUGAGAUGCAUGUAACGUAAUACUUACAUCAGAGUGAAGAAUAACAAAACUUGCUUGGUAUAAAUUGUUACACGCAGGUUAAAUAUGAAUGCGGCUUUGAUUUUCCUUUCAUAAAUGUCCUUAUAUUCUUGAAAUGCCUUUUUGUUCUCUGCAGAUUGGAUUUGAUGCAUUUAGUCUCAGGCAUGCUGCCAGUUGGCGCAAUGUUAUGGACUGGUUUCACAGGGAAGUAACAGCCAUUGAAAAUGAAGCAAGGCACUUCAUAGAUGAUUCAUUCAAGACACUGCGUUCUGCUGAGGGAGCUUUUGACAUGCUGCUCAACUUCAGACACAUCAGAUCUCGUGAAGCUAUUAACUCCCAAAUGAUGAAAAAAUUCAACGACAUCCUGGUGCAGUUUGGCAAAGAGGUGUGAAUUAUAGCAAUAAUUACAUAACAUAAGCUAAACCUAAACUGAUAAGUCUACAUGUAUGUUAAGUUAAAAAAAAUUACACUGUAAUAUAAUUUUCCACAAAGUCAUCAAAUACAGUGUUAGAUGUGCAAGAAUGCCGUGUUACAUGACACAGAAGCUAAUUUUCUCAAAUUUUACAGACCGUUCCAAGAUUAGCAGAAAGUAUGUGCAGUGACUAAAGAAAGCAACCUUCUUGAAUAAUUUUCUGAUCGUAAAAUGACAUUCUGUGCAUUUUUUUUUUCACUAGGUGGAUGCCAUGUAUACAUUGUUCAAAGCUAAUGUGGACAAACCCCCAAUCUUCAAGAAUCAGCCUCCAGUAGCUGGAGCCAUUAGCUGGGAACGAUCUCUUUUUCUGCGCAUUAAACACACCAUCCUGAGAUUUCAGGAAAUGGAGGACAUGCUUAAUUCUGAGCAAGGAAAACUGGUAUGAGUCAAGUUUUCAAUAACAUUUUAUUAUUAUAUUAAGAUAUUUUUCGAAACACAAUUUUCUAUUCUCUGUUAGGCAAGUAAAAAGUAUCUAAAUGUGGCGCGGCAAAUGAAGGAUUAUGAAGACAAAAAGUAUGAAGCAUGGAGGGAACAGGUUGAAGCCAAUCUGCUGAUCUAUCUCAAGAAAAAUCUUCUUACAAAGCCCUCAGCAAGCUCUGCUACUACACACAGAAGUGUUGCCGAUGAAGGCACGGGUUCUGAUGAUGCUUCAGUUAGCCUGACAGCUGCUCUUCAGUCUCAAGGUAAUUUGCAGGGCCACACUGUUAACCUUAAGAGUCCAUCAAUCAUUAUGUAAGGAAAUUUUUGCCUAUAAGAAAAUACUGUAUUCCUGGCAUGGCAAUCUUGAAUUAACAGUAUUAUUAUUGAUGCAGACAACAAUACAUUCUAGAUUGCUCUCUCUCAAAACAAAAUAAUGAAAUUUGUGAAAUUUAUUCACAUUAUUUCCAUUUCACAUGCUGAAUCUCUCAUUUCAUUUUGUCACAUAAUUUUGUUAAAAAAAUAAAAAAUUUGGUAGAACUGGCCUCCCCCACACAGUUAUUUUUCUGCCUCCCUUGAGUAGGUCUUUUUAUUGGGGAGAGCUAGAUAAACAAUUACAUAUGAGGCUUUGUAAAAUUAGAAGCCAUAUACAUGUUCAAAUGUAGUCGAAAUGGUCUCACUUUUAUUGGCUUCUACCUCAGGGUCUUUUUGGCCAAAUAAUACAGUUAAUCAAACUGAAAAAUACAGAAUCUGAUGUAUACUUUCUCUGCACUGCACUUGACGUAUAUUUUUAUGAAGUUAACGCCUGCGUCGCAAGUGGAGGUUGGGUGCCCAUGGGCCAGGGGGCUGCAACCACAAUACACCCCAAGGUGGAAGAACACCCACAGGCCUACCAACCCGCAACCCAGCCACGAGCCCCCCCGCACCCAGCCCCUCACUAUAGCACCCGUCACACUGAGGCCAGAAGCCCAGUGGAAGUAAAAUGAACCAACCCCUGAAAGAAUAAAUAACUAAAUAAAUAAAUAAGAAAGAAAGCGGAGGGAGGGAGGGGAACCAAGAGAAAUGCUACGCUACUGGAACGCCACGCCAAGACACGCCACGCUAACAAAGCUUCGAGUACAACGCAAACACUACGUAGGCAUGUGGCCUCCUCAUGCGCCAAAGCGACAUACCGCUGGACAGGAAUCUGCCCCCAUGAUCACGAACAAUGGUAAACGCUACAAACGCAAACAUAGUCAUGCACAACGCUACAGACGACCAACGCGCUACCAAAGAAUGUCCAAAACACCUGAGACCAUAGCUCCUAGUCGUUAACUACAUUAAAUAUGAUUUAAUAGUAUCCAAAUGUCAGUACUGUUACCAUUAUUGUGUUUUUUUUUUCAGCCUCGCCUCCCAAUGUACAGUAUGUGGCAGAUUUUGCACCUGAAUUAGGCAUGAUAAUCAUGGAGACCAAAUACCUAGAGCAGCUUGGCUUCCAGGUUCCUGAACUCGCAAGGAAUGUUGCUUUACAGGUAAAUUGUCAUGUCAUGAACAAACGUUGUUUCCCACCAUUCAAUUUUUGUCUUGAAGCAAAUAAGUACGGCUUUGAGGCAGGUGAAGCGGCUGUUUUCAUAUUUUAAACGUUUUUUGGUAUGGGGUCUUAUGUUACUGACUGUCCUUCUCUAUCUAGUUCUUGCUUUCUACAACUUCGGCUAUCAUUCCUAACUUAACUACUAACAGUUUAAAAGGGCUGCCAAAAGGGGAUAAAUUUUCCUGUGAUGUCAGCAGUUGAUGUAGCCUGCAAAGCGCAGAUGUAUUUCUGGUCGUCGCUUCUCUCCCUCCGAAAGUAGCUAAUUUGAUUCAGUUAAUUUUCCGAGGGAGAGAAGCGACAACCGGAAAUACGUCUGCACUUCACAGGCUACAGUUGAUGAGAAGGGAAUGGAGUAGUAACCCAGUAGUGAAGGCUGGAGAGUGGAGGGCAUAAUAAGAAAGAACAUGGAAACCGGGAGUAAACACCAUGCUUUUAGUUUUGUGCGAAAUUUGAAGAAAAAUAUACACAGAUCAAAGUGGAAUAUUGCAUCAGAUAACAUUACAUGUAGGGACAAAUUGUACAAAAUAUAUUCUUCUAUAUAUAUACCCCAAGGAAAUUGCUCUUGAUGUAUUCCCAUUAUCAUGUGAUAAUUUACUGAGAUUUUUGUUCUUGUAACUUAACGUAUUAUGUAGGAGGAGAAGUACAUAAAGUAUGUGGAUGGCCUGAAACUGAUGUUGGAUCGAUAUCACACUGUUAUUGGUAGCUUAAAUGUUGCAGAGGUAAAGCAUUUACACUUUGUAAAACUUAGUAACAUGGAUUCAAUUUCUUCACAUUUUGAUGCAGUAAAAUAGUAGUAGGUUGAUAGAAAUCUCGUUCAUCCCAACGUUCAAAUAUCUCUGAAUUACUCUACUCAUAAGUCCAUUGUAAUUUUUGGACUUAAAUAUCCACGGCACCUUUCAUUCAUUUUUUUGUUUUCCUUUAGACCCAACUACUUGAUGAUCACAUCAAAGAAUUAAAACGAGUCCUUAAACCGGGUGCAAAGAGAUUGAACUGGAACUCACUGGGAAUAAGUGACUACAUCACACGAUGUGGCCAGGUAAAUAUAAUAAUAUGAAAUUCGAAAUGUGCAAAAUAAUAGCUACAACAUCAUACAAUUUGAAAGCAAUUGCUCAGUCAUUCAGAGCUUAGAAAAGUUUAAUUUCCUGAGAAUGGGGUAUUACCAGCACGUUAUCAACUAAUCUUUUAAACUUCCGCACAGGCAAUCAGCAAAUUUGAAUCACUUGUGAAUCAAAUUCAGAAGAAUGCUAAAGAUAUCAACAGUCGUUUGGAGAUGAUAGAGAACACUAUCCUUUUUAAGCAACCUCCACCAAAGAUUGGGGGAAUGCUGCCAGAUGCUAAGGUUUGUCAAGUGGUGCAUACCGUACUUACAUUAUUAUUGUCUUCUUGUAUAAUGCAUUUAAAUGCAAUUUUUAAAGGAGUUAACAACUAUUAAGAGCAAAGAUAAAUAUGAUUAGUGUCUGCAGGCAUCGGAGAUGUUAUUUACUGUUCCAUCACUUACUAAUGUGCUUGAUGUUUUCUAAUAGGAAUUCUUUGAAUACCUUGAAAAAGCUCGAGCUUUGGAGCUUGAUAACUUGUCCAGGAAAUACAGAGCUAUUGGUCCACUGUUGACAAAGAUGGAGGGACUUGUGGUUCAUACCAACACCGGCAGAUCUACCAAACUGCAACCUUACUAUGCAUACUGGGAGAAUGCUGUAUAUGAGUCUCUCACUAAGGUUUGCAACAUCUGUUAUUGAAAAAAAAUUAACACUUUAAGCCUGGCCCUGAGGUAAACUUUUAAUUUUGUUUUCCUCUAGCCUGACCAUCAGUCGAUUCUGGAGAGAAAAGAAAAAAGGGAAGAAAGCGAAGGGAGAGAAAAGCUUUUAUUUCUCUGUUCCUCCCUUCCCCCUUCCCCUCUAAAAUUUCCUCUCCUCUAACCCCUUAGGCUAGUUUUCUCUAAUUAAUGUUCCCUCAGCUCCACGGAAAGUAUUGCGUUCCUCAAGUUAGUUUCCCAAGGGACCAGUCACUUAGUCACAAAUUUAUGAAAGUUAAAAUCUCAACAAGCCGUCAACAUCAAUAUUGACGGGUAAAAGUGUUCUGUUAUAUUGGGACGUCUUAGAUUUUGCAAUGUAUGCUGCUCAGAGACGUUUGAUGGGAAACAGUUUUAUUGUUAGAUGUCAUGUGACCUCAGGGUAACCAAUAAACAAAACACAUGCAGUUGAGGGAAAAGUUCCAGCUAUGCAACAAAUGGGGCGUGAAGACUGGAACACGGCGAUGGCAACAAGAACGUCAAAACAACAACCCUACACAUGCAGCACACUUUUUUGUACAUUAUUUCUCUGCCGUCACUGCAUGACCACGACGUGAAAAUGCCUAAUUUCAAGUGCUAUAGAGGAUGUUAUCAAGCGACAACAAAAUUUUUUCCUGUUCCUGGACUUGGUGAUGGUUCAUAGGAAUUUAACUCUUUGAGAGUUCCUAGUUCAUUCGAAAAAUUAAGUGAGUUGGAAUAAUCGUGAUAAAAAUUGAACUGAAAAACCUGAAUUCCCUUUAUAAGCGAAGUUAUCACCGCCGUCGCCGCCAGGGUCCCUAUUAGGGUCCUUAAGAUCCGAGGACGGCGACGGCAGCGAAAACGUCGCUGAAAAAGUGAAUUCACGUUCUCUCAAUCUUCAUCGCGAUUACUCCAAGUCACUAACUUAGUCAAAUGAAGGUGAACCCUCCUAAAGUUGAAUUCCUAAGAAUCAUAUGCAAGUCCAGAAAGAGAGAGGUGGUCGCUUGUGUACUUCCUCUGUAAAACGUGAAAUUAGGCAUUUUCACGUUGUAGUGGUGCAGUGACGGCAAAAAAACGUACAAAAAACUACGAUGGACGUGCAGAGUUUUAGUUUUGGCUAUUAAGCCUAUUGCUUUUUUGACGUUGUCUUUGCUGUCGCCGUUGUCGGAUCUUAAGGUCCCUAUUACCGAAUAUGUGGUGUACAAGAAGAGGAGUGUUCAUCACCUUGAGAUAAAUGUGAGAGUUUACUUCCAGACAGCAGAGAGAUGGAAUUAACUAUUUAAAUAACGUUUUUUGCUUUAUUAUAAAUGUAAUACAAUCGUUCCUAGCAAGUUAUUGAAAUGAAUAUCAUGUGGCAUACACGAAAUGUAAACACACAAGUCAUUAGUUUAUUAUUCUCCACUUUUGAUUGAUUGGGAAGCAAGUCAAACUUUUUUUGCUUUAUUUAGAUGGUGACAAAGAACUUGCAGCAAUUUAACCAACAGCUUCAUGCUCGCCAGCCAUUGUUUAUGAUAGAAACAGUGUUAUCUGCACCAGAGAUUGUCUUGUCACCUCCUGCAAAUGAGAUCUACAAGUUAAUAAUGCAGAGUGUCAGGGAUAUGGUGGAGGGGUACGUUGCAGAAAUCACUUAGUGUAGUUAAAAUGGUGGUUGAUUGAGUCCAAGAACUGCUUUGCACUGUUGGUACCCUGGGUGCCAGAGACAUUUCAUAGGCAGUUUAAGAUCUGUUGGCCUGCAGUCCACACCGAAGCAUCCCACCGCACGCGAGAAAAAACCUCUGGUACCCAGGGAAUACUGUUGGUUGCGUACCAGACGUGUGAGUGGUUCAAUUCCUGGCCGGACCAACACUCAGCAGGGCUGUCACUAAUAGCCUGGGGUCGGGGAUUUCCCCUGGCUACUAUAAGGAUAACCCCCGGCUUGUUUUUAAGGGAAAAAUUGACAAAAUCAAAUGAAUAGAACUUCCUAGCUGCUCAAUUCCCGCCUACCUAUAGCAUACGAAUACUGCGUUCUCUCCUCGCUCCUUGCCGCUAGGGAGUCUCUAGCGGCAAGGAGCGAGGAAAGGUGGCUGUAUUCCCAGGCUAGCCUACUUAUUACAUAUAUCCGACACCCUCUAAUCUUAGUGAGAUCCCUGACUCAGGGUCUUAAAAAAACUGAAGAGAAUGUGCUGUCUUCGUUACACGUAUGCAAAUUGUUAGAGUUUCUAGUCUUUACAAGGACGAAAAACACCCUAGGCCCUCUCUCAAAAAGAGUAUACUGACUCUUAAUGUACUUAAAUGAAAACAAACUGCUGUUCGUGAAGAGUAAGGACACGUAGAUCCCGGUUGUUCGGUUAUUAAUAGCACUCGUACUUUUUAGUGCAAACUGAUUGAGGAGUAGUUCAUUAAAGUCAUGGUUGAAUUGAGGAUCCAGAUAUCUUGCAUAAAUUUUGAAUACCUUGGUUUUGUGUUUAUUGUUGAUUUAAUGUUGCCAAUUGACCACUCCAGAAAAUACCAUAACAUACCAUAAUGCUCUUUGUUUGCCAGCCCAAAAUUUUGCAUAAGCAUUGGUUUCAGUUUCUCUUGGGGCCAUUCUCACUCCCAAGAGAAACUAAAGACAAAGCUUAUGCAAAAAUAUGGGGUGACAAACAAAAAGCAUUAUGGUAUGUUAUGGUAUUUUCUGGAGUGGUCAAUUAAGCUUCCUCAAUUCUCUAGGAGGUUUCAGUUUGGAAUAAUGAGAUUUUUACCACCAUUCUUUUACAGAACACGUAUGUUUGUGCGUUGGAUGAAUGGCACAUGUAUAGAGACUCCGCCCCAGCAUGCUGAAGGUGAAGAUGAACCAGUAGUGUUUAGUUUCUUUACAGACAUCUCAGCCAACCCUGCCAUCAUAGACCUGGUGACAGCAUUAUCUAAGAGUGUACAGAACACUCUGGGGAUGCUUAACAAGUACUUGACGCGCUGGAGGAGGUACCGACUGCUGUGGAAACUUGAUAAGGUUGGUGUUCAUCAGUCCCUGCAAAGGUUUAAGCCAAAUGAAGGUGUUACGAUCAUUGUCUUAGGUUUUGUUGACGCUAUACCGGAUAUCUUUCGUGGUGUCACUAAAAGAUAUCCAAGGGGCUCAAGUCGUUCACACACAUUUAACAUCGUGCCGGUGCGGUUGGCCGCGAGGGUUUGGGGCACUUAAUUUCAGUCCUCACUCCUGAAUAUUUACUUCCGUCUCAGUGGGUUCCAGUUCUCACUCUUACUCAUUAGGCUGAUUUAGCAACAGAACGUCAUUUGACGACGGGAAAGCGCGUGGAAAGGACUAAACUCGACUUCCGCUCUGCCAGUGGUCAAGCCAGUUGUUUGAUUUGCGUGUGCAGUAGUCAACUGGCGUUCCCCUUCUGUUGCUAAAUCACCCUAUUUACUUCCGCGACGGGCCGAAUAGGUUUUCACACUGCACUGAAGUAUGACACAAAACUUAUCUGAUAAGUCACGCUUCACUUUUGAGAUCGGCGCAGCGCAGCUACGCUCCGUCACAGAAAUCGCGCCGCCACAACCGUUCUUGUGUGAAUUCUGUAGACCAGGAGCCCUAUCCGUUAUAAUUUUCAUGGCGGCGUAUACUUUCUUAAAGCUAUCCAGUACAGUGUGAACAUAGUGUUACAUGGAUCAAGGAAAGUAGUAAAGCAAAUUGUUGAGCGGGAGCACACGGCAACACCCCUGCUAACCUCCCUGUAGCUGCUCCCCCCCCCCCCCCCCCACCCGAUUGGUAAGCCUGCUACAGUGACUUUUAAUCUUGCUUAAAUUAAAUUUAGCCCCCUUUGAACGUACAGUAGGAGAAGUUAUUCUAUUGCAAUUUUAACUCAACCUAUGGCUUUGUGGUCUGUUUGUUGUUUUACCGAAACAAGUGAAUAAAUGUUGUAAAAAGUCAAGAAAAGGAUGUAAGCCAAUUUUUUGACAGGGAACCACCGCACACCCCCAGCCAAACCCCCCGGUUGUGCCCCCCCCCCCCCCCCACACAUCCGAUUGGUAAGACUGCUACAGUGACUUUUAAUCUUGCGUAAAUUAAAUUUAGCCUCAUUUGAACGUACAGUAGGAGAAGUUAUUCUAUUGCAAUUUUAACUCAUACUAGUGCUUUGUGGUCUGUUUGAUUCUAUUCGACCGUUUAUUGUCAGCAAACAUGAAAACCUUUCUCAUUUUCAUACAUUCGCCUGAGAAAACAUCUGACAUUUCGCGACGCCACCACUGGUUUCUCCGCGAAAUCAUGUCUGAGAAACAAGCACACAACUGAUUCCAUAAUGUUGAAUAUUUUCUCAGGCUAUUUCAUACAUAAAACGAAAAUUUUUUUAAGUGGCGGUUGCAGUAAUUGUAUGGCUGAUAGAAAUGUCCAUCCUUAUUUUACGUAGGGCUUUUUUGAUUUCUCUAUUACUUUUAACAUAAUAAUUUCUGCUAACUGUGUUCCGCCGCGCUUAACUUGGCAGAGUAACAUGGUAGAGAAGUUUGCUCAGAAGAAGCCAACGUGUAUCGCUUAUGAUGAAAAGCUUCAGUUCUACUCAAAUCUUGUCAUUGAGGUGAGAGACGUCGGCAUUUUAGGUAAUUAUGUAUGUACUACUUAAAACCGAAGUAAAGUAAUUACUUUGGCCUAACAUAAAGCAUGGGCUUGCAGUCGAAUGAACCAAUCAUACAUUAAAGAAAACGCAAGUAGCGGGCGCCAAACGUGACAAUACACUUGCACUAAAGCAAGUCACAACUGGUUGUGUGUUCGGUUCUCAUCAGUUGAGAAAAGGCGCGAGAUAUUUUAGCCAAUCACAGAGCGUAGACUAGUGUCUCAAGACCAAAGAAUUCACAGAGUUCCUUUCAAGAGUCAAUUGAAGUCGCUCUAAUGUUUGCGUGGAUCAAGUGUUUAUUUAUCUAUAUGAUAUUUUUUUCAGGUUGGGAACCAGAUCAUGAUUAAAGACGUAGACUUUGUGCGCCUCAACCUUGAUCCACUGGCCACAACUAUCCAGGCUAAUGCCAGAGCUUGGGUUAAGGAGCUUGCCAAGUUUUUAAAUGAAUCAGCAAGAGAAGAUCUUAACGCACUCAGAGGAGAAAUUGAGGUAUGUGUAUCCUGUCUGGAGGGCGAUGCUACUUCUAGAUACUUUAUACGGCUCAAUUAAGGUUUCUGGGAAACUGCCCAUGGACCCCUCCCCUAACCUAACAUUUUGCCCUAAUUGAGAAGUAAGUGAUAACGUUGAGUUAGGGGAGGGGUAGUUGGGCAAGUGACGCUAUAUGUUUGUGGGAUUCCUGUGGCCAUUUGCCCUCCUCUUCUCAUUAAAUUAAGCUGAACUACAUUUAUUACUGAAUGGCAGAUGAAAUGCGCACAAAUGCGUGUUUUUCUUCAUCAAUAUCCAGUCUUUUCAGAAACAUCUUAGGCCUUCAACAAAUGCCCAUUGAAAACCAUAGCACAAACCAACAUGAUAUGUUCGGUUAGCCAGUUCCAGGCGUUCAGAUAGUAGAGCGCGGCAUUCAGAUGGUGGGGAGCGAGUAAAGCCAUAGGCUGGGAAAACAUAGUCUCCCCUCGUUUUUUUUUCGUCGUCAAUUUUUCGCCUGCGCUCUACUAUCUGAAUGCGUGGAACAGUCUUGGUUGGCCCAGGGUAGGCCAUCUUUCGUAACAAUGUAAUUGAACUUCCCUGCGGCUGGAAUUGCAAGCUCAUUUGAAGUCGUUCCGAGAUCUGUAACCUCCAGCGAUUCCAUGGCUUUUUCAAUACUUGUAAAAGAUAACAUAACUACCUUUUUUUCUUAUCUGCCUUGUUGUUGUUUUUUCUUUAGGGGUUAACAGAGGAUCUGAAACGUCCUCCAGACACACUGGAAGACCUGAAGUUUGUGCUGCGUGUGAUUGCAGACAUCAGAGACAAAUCUCUUGAGGUGGAGCUGCGCUAUGUGGACUUGCAAGAAAGAUACAGAACCCUACUCAUGUAUGAUAUUGAGGUAAGAAGACAAACUUCUCCGAGAGCUUUGGGAAUGGGAAGAGUUUCAUAUCAGUUAAGUAAAGGGGAACUCCAUUUAGACAGCUACACUUGCAAAGUUCACAGAUGCCGCGAUUUUGUCGCUUCUCCUGCGCGCACCGAAAAUCGCGCUCGAGUCUUGAAUACCAAACCUGACCGUUGAAAUCGCAGGAAAGAGUAACGAAAAUUAAAGUUUUCGUUACAAAAUCACGGCCUCCCGUCCACCUUGUGUGUAAUUAUUUUCCGUCCCAUAUGUGUAUGGUGUGGCGCUUUUUUGGCAAGUAAUUUUUCUCGAAUUCACCACUUACAAAUGUAACGACGGCUACGGCAAGACACGCAUUGCAGGAAAUAACACAAUUAUGGCCAACUCUUCAUGUGUUUACGUUGGGUUGUAAAAGUAUGCUUUUUGUUUUCGGUUUCUCAACUACAGUCUUUAUCUGAGUGUCAAGAUUUGGCGUUAGCUGAAGUUAAGACUAGUCGGGUUUAGUCAGUGUACAUUGGUAUGAUUUACGCUGUCGUUUUAUAGCCGUACACUGAGUACCAGAUUUCUGUUUAGACUUAACAGUACAAUACUAAUAAAAAGUGAUUUUAAACAAUUAUUGGCUGAAUUUUUAUGAAGGCCUUGGCCGCUAACACUUACCUCUACCUUGAUUAUUCUGAAUAUCACAAAAACCGAAUCAAAUUAAUAAUUGUUUUAUUUACCCUUUAAGUCCCAAUGUCAACAUGUAUAUUCCCCUCGCUGUUCUUCAUAUAUUUCUUAUUGUACUGUGUGUGAGAGUUAGUUCAAACAUCAAGGCAUUUCAUCAGUGCUGAUCACUCCAUUCAUUCUCUUUAUCUGUACAAUUGAUGUGGCAGUAAUAUUUUUGGGAGAAAUUUGAUGCUGGUCACCACUGGGAAGAAACUUACCAUACCGCGUAACACAGUUUGACAUUUCGCUUAGAAAUCAUGCACUGCUCGCGCAACCUACAGAUUAGCAGAAAACCGACUUACCUGUAGGUUGCGCUGAUUUCCAAAAUAAACUGUAGGAUAUUGGCCAGUGAGAAGACAGACAGUGAGUACACUGUGUAAUAAUGUAAUGAAAUAAAUGUGCUCUUACAUGAAAGGUUCCUGAGGGUGAAUUGGAGUUAUCUACGAACGUAACGCAAGCAUGGGAUGAUCUCUUCUUGGAAUCUCGCCGAGUGGAUGCCAGUUUGGUGUCUGUAAAGAAGAAGUUCACUGAAGUAAGAUUCCUGUUAUGACUCUAUGACUAUAUGACCGUGAUUUCAAUAUGUUGUAAGUUAUAUGAAAAAGUAAGCCACUGAAGAAUAAAUUAGUAUUAUUUGAAACUUUAAAUGCCCAAGAAUGUAAGUUUGUCUUAAAAAGAUAUACCCUAGUUAGUUAUUACUGAUUUAUAUCUCAUGUGACAUUCAAUUAUCAUCUUAUUUAUAUCGUAUCUAUAUAUUUUAGAUAACUCAAGACCAAGUGGCUGACUUUUCCACAGACAUAUCUAAAUUUAAAGAGAGCUUCAUAAAUGAAGGACCAAAUUCUAUUGGUACAGACUUAGAUGCAGGUAAUACAGUAUUUUGAAACUUUCAGACAGUUAAACUCUCAAGGUGCACUGGACUCUAGUUUGGCAAUUUUAACGGAGCUUAAGUGAUGCACGUCACCCGGAAGUGAAGCCCUCUCCCUUUUUUAUAUGCCUUGACGCAAACAAAUUUGUAUUACUAAGUUUCUUUUCACUUAGACGAUUAACCCGAGAGUUUCAAACAAACCACUGCCCAGUGAUUCAAAAAGUCAACUUCUGGUUGACGUCCGUCCCUCAAAAACGCUGUUGCUUAAGCUCCGUAAUGAUUGAUUCCCAGGCCUGAGUUGAGUAUAUUAAGCGAUGCACGUCAACCGGAAGUGAAGCCUUCUCUCUUUUUAUAUGCCUUGACGCUAACAAAUUUGUAUUGCUAAAUUUCUUUUCUCUUAUUAAGACGAUUUACCCGAGAGUUUCAACCAAGCCACUUCCGGUUGACGUCCGUCGCUCAAACACGUUUUUGAGCGACGCAUGUCAACCGGAAGUGAGGCCUUUUCUCUUUUUUAUAUGCCUUGACGCAAACAAAUUUGUAUUACUAAGUUUCUUUUCACUUAUUAAGACGAUUUACCAGAGAGUUUGAACCAAACCACUGCCCAGCGAUUCAAAAAGUCCACUUUCGGUUGACGUCCGUCGCUCAAGAACGCUGUUGCUUAAGCUCCGUAAUGAUUGAUUCCCAGGCCAGAGUUGAGUAUAUUUGGUGAUAUUGUGUUUUUGGGUAAAGGAUUCUCCACUAAUCUUAGCCUGCGAGCAAGCUCUCCAUUCGGGGAAGUCGCGAGAAGUCACGCGAAAGGAUACGCAAUAUGCUGGUAGGCUACCAUAUUCUCCGCCUAACAUCCUCGAAAGUUUAGCAUUUUGAAUUACUUGCCCAUUUGGUAUUCGACAGGCACGAUGUACGGAAAUUUGGCCAUUAUAUUAAUAUAUAAACAGUGUUUUAGCCUGUAAAUUGGCCUCCAAUAUUUUGGUAUAAAGCCGAAGGGAUAUCGUUUCUCCAUCGGCCACAUUUUAGGGUAGAUAAUGUCACUUUUCCUGCAGUGUUGUAAACCAGAUGUUGACCGCAAAGAACUUAACUGCUCGUAGGAGUGCUGAAUAAAUGUAUUUUUUAGUUGGGUUCUUAACGUCAGUAACUCUCUUCUUUCAGGCGUGGAACUGCUCAAGAGGUUCAAAGAAGAGUUUGCUAAUUUUGAAAAGGAGCGUCAAGAGUUGGCCAAUGCUGAGAAACUGUUUGGUUUAUCCAUCACCUUGUACCCUGAGCUGCUUGAGAUGGAGAAAGAACUGAAGGGAUUGGAUCAGAUUUUCUCCAUCUAUGAGAAUCAGAAAGUAAGGAAAUUUAUGAGGCAAUAAAGAGGAGGCAGCGUGGCUGAGCGGUUAGAGCACUGGACUAGUAAUUCGCAAGCCCAAAUUUCUAGUCAAGCCCUAACCGCUAGCUAGAUUUGUUCAUGGUGGCCCCAAAUUUAAAUCCUCGACCACGCUUGUAAAAUUGCCAUCAGAUUUGUCUCCGGCCAGUUGGGAUUCUUAACCCUCUUAAGUAAACUACUGCCGAGGGUAAAUAAAGAAAUAUAGAUUUUAUUUUUUUAAUACUAGGUCGUGCUACUGUAGCAACCUCUUUUCUCUCGUAAUAAUGUUUCUUUUUACACAUAAACUGUUAUCUGUAUCUAUGGGCCAAAGUGUAAUUGACAAUUGAUUUUUGGCCUCUGAGCAAGCUCUUCGUUUCGAGUGCGGAGCGAGUGGAGCCGCGCGAAAACUCGUCUCCUCUCACGUGUUGCUCGCGCGUGACUUCUCACGAUAUCUCCCAAAUGGAGAACUUGCCUGCUGACUAAUUGAUUCCCUCUGACUCAACAGGCGGCUCGAGAUGAGUGGGCCAACACACUGUGGGCUAAUCUUGAUGUAUCAGUGUUGUCAGAAGGCAUUGAUGGCUUUAUAAAACAGCUCAAGAGAUUGCCUCGGGAGGUCAAGGCUCUUCCACUCUGUCAUAUCCUUGAAGAGAAGAUGAAGGAAUUUAAGAACUCUAUUCCACUUUUCUCUGAUUUGAAGAAUGAGGCUCUAAGGGAACGGUCAGUAACACAAUUUACUAGUUUUCCUUUAUUUUCUAUUCGAUUUCCAACCAUGCUUAUUGCAAAGUAUGUGCGGGAAAACACUGUUGUCCGGUUACUGAAACAAAGUUGAGGUGGUGUUUCACAAAACCGUGGUCUUAACCAAAUUCAGUCUGGGCAGUCAUAAUAGUUUGAAAACCUCAUAAGCACACAGUGCCAGGAAAGCAUAGAGCACGGUUUGGGGAACACUUCUUCUUUUGUAAACAGAUUUAAAAGUUCAAAAAUUAAUUGUCCUAAUUCGCGUUCUGAGUUAAAUUACUGACCGUGUUGAUUUUUCUAAGUCGUUGAAUGUGGUUAACCCUUUAAGACCCAAUAUCAUCAUGUAUAUUCUCCACUUUGUUCUUCAUUUAUUUCGUAUGGUACUUCGUGAGAGAAUUAGCCUGCGUAACAGGCGCUUGGAAGUGAUGGGCGCAGGAAAGAACAUGGUGCGCGAGAGAGACACGCGUGUCUCCCUCGCGCGCUCUGCUCUUUCCUGCGCCCAUUACUCCCAAGCGCCUGCUACGCAGGCUGUGAGAGAAUUUGUUCAAACUUCAAGACUUUUCAUCUUUGGUGUUUGUUUUAUUCUCAUGACCUGUCUGUUUGAUCUGGUAGUGUUAUUAUUGGGAGAAAUUAGAUGCUGAUCACUGUUGGGGCUUCAAGGGCUCAGAGAGUUAAACGGUUUCUUUUCUCAUUAGUCACUGGAAGAAGCUAAUGGAGAUGACGGGCAUGAAGUUUGACCUCAAUCCCGACACCUUCACCCUCCAAAACAUGUUCGCCAUGGAGCUGCACAAGUUUCAGGAUGUCAUCGGCGACAUCACUGCCAGUGCCACAAAGGAGCUUGGCAUCGAGAAAGGCAUCAGUGAAGUGUCUGACACCUGGGGUACCAUGAAAUUCACUGUAUCCAAAUUCAUGAAGGGAACACAAGAAAGAGGCUUCAUCUUGGGAUCUGUCGAUGAAAUCCUGCAGAUUCUGGAUGAUAAUGCAAUGAAUCUACAAAGCAUGUCCGCCUCACGGUUUGUUGGCCCUUUCUUGGAAACGGUCAACAAGUGGGAGAAGAGCCUGUCGCAUAUUGGGGAGGUUGUCGAGGUGAGAAUGAUACUGCUUGCUCACUAAGCUAGUUCUAGUAUAGGUUAAUUUCGAGAUCCAAAAACCCUUACUUUCAAAUAUAGACUAAGUGGAAAACCUUUCUUGUGAAAAUGAGUUUUAACUUCUUGACAAUACAAAAUCAUUUUCGUGUCAAUGGCUUCACACUUACCCUUGCUUUGAAACAGAGGCUCGAGGCAAUAAAUCUGUAACUCAGUCAAGGCUCCUUUGGCUAUUGGGCGUUUGGGCAUGGGGAACUCACUGUAAUCAUUUGCUUAAGUGACCGCCACACAAUAGCUUCGCUGCUAGUGCGCAAUUGCCCAAUGCCCAAUGCCCAAAGCAACCUAGGAACGAGGUUGAAAGCAACUGUCAUUUGAUCAGGUGUAUAUGUUGUGGUUCAGUUUUUUCCUUUAUUUAAAUUUUAUUUUCCUUUGUUUUAAACUCAUUAUCACACAUUACCAAAGCACAAAACAAAGGAAAAGAAAAUUUAAACCAAGGAUAAAAUUGGACCACAACAUAUGCGUCAGAGUCUUUUCUCCAGUGAAUUUUAUCGUCUCAAUUUUUACGUAUAUUUAUAUCAGAAUAUUGCUUACAGGUGUUCCAUACACCCUCAUUCGAUUGAUGCAUGUGUUGUUUAUAGGUGUGGAUGGUUGUGCAAAGAAAGUGGAUGUAUCUGGAAAGCAUUUUCAUUGGCGGAGAUAUCAGAGCACAGCUACCAGAAGAGGCCAAGAAAUUCGACGACAUUGAUAAAACUUUCAAGAAGGUAGAAUAAUUGAAUUUUGUCUUUUUCAGUGCAUCCAUUUUCACGAGUUAAUCAGCCUGUUCCAGGCGUUUACAUAGCAGAAUGCGGCGCGAAGUCAGAGAGCGGGAAAAAAUAAUGAGGAAGAGAGAGGGGGGGGGGGGAGAGCUUUCACCCCUUACCCCACCCCACCCCCUCGCUGUUUUUGUUGCUCACAUUUCUUUGCGCCGUUCCCACAAACUGAAUACCUGGAGCAGGCUGCACUUACUUCAGUAGCUUCCUAUACUCUUUUUCCAUUGUUCAAUAAUGUACACCGCAUCUCUUUCAGAUCAUGAAUGACACAGCCAAGAAUCCCAAAGUGUUGGAAGCUUGUCACGCCGCCAGUCGUCUGGAACAACUUCAGAUGUUAGUCACCGGUUUGGAAAAGUGUCAGAAGAGUUUGAAUGAUUACCUGGACUCUAAGAGGAACGCCUUUCCACGGUUCUUCUUUAUCUCUGAUGAUGAACUGCUUUCUAUUCUGGGAAGCCAUGAUCCACAGUGCGUGCAAGAACACAUGAUCAAGGUAUUUUAUCAUGCUCCUUUAACUGUAUUAGAACGAAACUGAAUGUUUUUCCGACUUUUGCACGCGCGAAAAUGCCACCUGAAAUGCUAAGAAUUGUGUUCGCCGGGUAACUCUGCUUGUUAAAUGAAUAAAUAAGGGAAGUUUAGUAUAGUAAACAGGUGAAAUUUAGCUUUCUGAGAACGUUUUCAAAUAAGAAUUGACGUUUAAACGAGCUAUUAUCAAUUUGGUCUCCAUCUAAGCUUCACCAAGAAUAGGACAAAAUGCCGGCUUAUGUGUCUUUUAUUGGUUGCUAAGGAGUCUGCUGCAGGCACAAGUUGUGCGAAAGGUGUGUACUGUUAUCCGUUGUAUAAAUAAAGCACUCGCGUCCUAUCAAUUUUUUUCCGAAUUCAAAUCCCAGCGUGAACGCCAUAUAUGGGUUGGGUUUGUGGUUGGUUCUAUCCUUUGCUCCAAGAGGUUUUUCUUCGGGUACUCCGGUUUUCCCCUCUCCUCAAAAAAACAUUUUCAAAUUCCAAUUCGACCAGGAACCAGGUACACGAAGAACCACUACGUGAAUGUGCUACCUCUAAAUCGCUAUUUAUUUAUUCAAUUUAUGGUUGUUUAUUUAUGCGCUGGAUUGUAAUUUAACCAGUGGAUAGCGCUAUCCAACUUCCGAACAACCUUGCUGAUUCAAGAGCAACACAAAACAAAAUAAAAACUGAUCAACGUUAUGAUAGCUCGUUUUGGUCAGCACAGGAAACAAACCCCGGCUGAUACUCUCGAUCUGUUAAUUUAUUGUUUAGAUGUUUGACAACAUCGCCAAGCUUCGGUUUGAAGAAGGCACUGGUCAGGAGAUUCUGGCCGGUGCUAUGAUCAGUGGUGAAGGAGAGGUGAUGGACUUCAGACAGCCAGUGGCUGCCGAGGGGAGGGUGGAAGAUUGGAUGACAAAUGUGCUGAAUGAGAUGAGGAGGACCAACAGGCUCAUCACCAAGGAAGCCAUCUAUAAAUACGGUGGAGACUUGCCAAGGUAGACAAAACCAUACUAAGGAAUGCCACAAAGCUUAACAAAACAUAAUUUAGAACAAACGCCACUGAAUCGUAGCCAACAGUUACCAGCGCCGUACAAACGACUCAUUGACGAGAUCAAGCAAAACUAACUAUGAGAGAACGACUGGAGAACUGACAAUUUGACUAACGAUAGACGACUGUUUAACUGUGACAAUAGACGGAUCGAAACGCACCAAUUACUGAUUUCGAGUCUUCAUAGCCAAUAACAUCACGGCAUAAGUGACAGACGACCAAUAACAUCGCGACGUAGUCGACCAAUCAGAUCAAUAAUCAGAGUAUAAUACCAUCAACUGACGUGAUACAACUCACUUUGACUCUGAAGAUGGCUACCGCACAGGUUGUCGAAACGUCGGUCACUGUCAACAACAACAGUCCUAUUCAGGACUACGUUCACCCGGACGAUCAAACUCAACCUACUUUUGAAAUGACUCUUGGGUUCAAACCUUUCACAAAACAUACACUGUCAUACAGCCGACUUGUUACCUCAAUUGAUCUGAUACCAGACCUCGGAGCGGUAGGCCCAACCAAUCACGAUCACUUUUUUCCGUGCUAAAUCGUGAACAGCAAUUCUCGGCAACGUUCACUUUUAAACCCCUUAGAGAAAAAUGAGUUCUCUUCAACAACAUAUCCUACUAAAGAGGCGGCAAUUUCGAACGCCCUGCAACCCAAAUCUGAGUAUAAGGCCCCUGGUAUCAGGCAUUCCUCACUGACGGGUUUGAAGGAAAACCUUUCGCCUGGUGCUGAAGUAACCUCGUUCCCAGGACUUUUUCCCACUUGGGGAACGAGUAAGGCUGCUGCAAUCUUCGCCCUCCUCCACCCCCUCCCCCACCCACCUCUUACGUUCUAAGAUAGGCUACACACCACUGCGAUGAGUUGCAUUCAACAAGAUAAAGUGAACUAACUUCGCUCAAUGCAGUCCACUCAUUUUGAAUUUUCAGGAUCGACUGGAUGAUGGCUUAUCAAGGUAUGGUUGUAUUGGCUGGAAACCAAGUCUGGUGGACUUGGGAGGUGGAAGAUGUGUUCCGUAAAGUAAAGAAGGGCGACAAAAUGGGCAUGAAAAACUACGCCAGAAAGAUGCACAGACAGAUCAGUGACCUUGUGACGAAGGUUUGUUAAUAAUGUUAUCGAGAGAGCCUUCCUUAAAAACAUCUGCGUGGGAGGCUACCAGUUAGACAAACUGAUAGUGGGGUACUAAAAGAGCGGGAAGAUAGUUUGGAGAUCCGAGAUUAGGAUUGCUGAGCUUAAUUCAGUAAAGUAUUAAACCAUGUCUUAAUAAUGCUUGGAUAUUCUAAUUGGACAUUCGUUCUCGUGUUUGACUGACAAGGUCCUUUCCUUCUGGGAAGCUAUAGUGGCGCCUCCCACCAGUGUGGCUUAGGUUCGAAUCCCAGAGGCGACAAUAUAUGUGGGUUGUGAUUUUUUUUUUGUAGUGAAGUUUUUCGUCGGAUACUCGAUGUUUCGCUCUCCUCAGUAGUCAACACUUUCUAAAUUGCAACUCGAUCUGGAACGUACAAAGACUUGGCUCCUAACUAUUGUAAUUUGUAAUUGUAAAUAUCUUAUUAUCCACUCCCCACAGAGCUUUUCAGGGAUAAUUUACAACACUGGUUGGGGGACUUUGCCAGACUGCUUAAGUUGCAGUUUACAAGUACUGAAGGAAUGAGUGAUGAUGCCCCCAUACAUGAGUGUGAAACGGUUUUCCGUGGGUAAACAAAUUACAGCAGUGGCGGAUCAAGGGGAGGCCCCCGCCCCUAAUUUUUAGACUAAGUUGAGGCCCAAACGGCCCGAAAAACGUUUUUUCAGACCCCCCACUGUACAGUUCCUUUUACUUCAAGUCCUUCCAAGGGUUGGUUGUAGGUACAGGUAAAUUAAAGAACGCAUUGUCUGUUUACGACACAGGUUCGUGAACCAGCCUUGACUAAGAAUGACCGCAAGAAGUUCAACACAGUGUUGAUUAUUGAAGUUCACGCCCGAGACAUCAUCGACAGUUUUGUUCGAGACAGGUGUGUAUGCAUUAGUGUCAGACGGCCCAAUCCACACUUGACUUAACGUCCACUCUAAGACAAUCAUUAGGAAGUUUUACGAAAGGGGAGAUUUUCGGAAACGUUUUGGAAAGUGGAGUCUUUAAAAAAGGGAGGUCUGUCUUCUCAGUAUGGAGACGAACGCAUGCCUGACGCUUUUGCCAGCUUUAAAAAUGGCGGGAAAAAACUAGAGUGUCGAAUGUCGUAGUAUCGCUGGCGUUGUUAGAGACUUUUAGAUUCUAGGACGAAAACGACUACGAGUGCGAGAUUUAACUUCGCGUAUUCUCAAAUAAUAGACAACCCGGAUAGCUUCAUUGUACAUCUUUUUCACCAAAAAAAAGAGCACUGCUACCUUGAUUGAAGGCGUUUAAGGUAUCUCCCAGCCGCAAAAUAAUAAAAACUACAUCACUUUAUAACUUGCGUCCGCUAACACUACAUUCUCGCUAAAACUCCUGGCAGAAUGACGAUGACUAUCACAUUUUCCCGCCAAAAUGGCACUGGUUUACACGUGCGUACUCCUUAGUAUUGAGAAAAUCUCGUACUCGUAGUCGUACUCGUCUUAGAAUCUAAAGGUCUCUGUUGAUCCAAGUGCACUGAGAAGUAGACACUUCCUGGAAUUAUUUGGGUAAGAAACCUUUCGAUAUUUCCGAAAUACAUUUUCGAUGGCUAAGUGUGGGCGGUAAAAAAAUGCCGAUAUGGAUGCGUUGUUUUCCAUGCGUUCUGCUAACACGACCGGUAUCCUAACCUUGAGCUUUGCAAUGUCCAAUCGCAACGUAAGCGGAAAACAGGUGAAUUUUUAGUUAGUAAUAUACUCGAUGAUAACGAGGAAUUGAAUAUGUGUAAACUGGCGGCAAGACAUGUUUUUUUAGUGUUUAAAAUUCAUGAAUGUGUUUGCUUGUAGUAUAAUGGACACUCGUGAAUUUGAGUGGGAGAGUCAGUUGAGGUUCUAUUGGGACCAGCUGCCUGAUGAGUUGAUGGUGCGUCAGUGCACGGGAGAGUUUGGAUACGGAUACGAGUACAUGGGACUGAAUGGCAGACUGGUUAUCACACCUCUGACUGACAGAAUCUACCUUACUAUCUCACAGGUAAAAGAUGUUAGAGCAGGAAGCUUAAGUAAGGGCAUCUUCGAGCGACAUUACUCAAGCCAGCCGGAAGUGGACUUUUCGCAUUCGCAUUCGCAUAAGAGUAAAGAAAUUUAGUAAAACAAAUUUGGUAGCUUCAAGGCACAUUAAAAGGGAAAAGCCUGACACUUCCGGUUGUCGUGCGUCGCUCAAAAUAGCCGUAGCUUGAGCUCCCGGCAGAUGUUUGAGCUAUGAUUGCAAGAUUCACUGACUGGGAGUAUGAGUGCGAGUUUGAUGAUUCCAGUUCUAACUGAAUUAUUUCAUGUGCUGUGUUAGGCCUUGUCCAUGUACCUAGGCGGUGCCCCAGCAGGACCCGCUGGUACAGGAAAAACCGAGACAGUCAAGGAUCUGGCCAAAGCUUUAGGAUUAUUGUGUGUCGUUACCAACUGUGGAGAAGGCAUGGACUACAAGGUAAAUGACAACUGACAAACCAAUGAAGAUUGUGUGACAAUGAAUAUGCAUGACAUAUUACUUCUUCAUGAUGUAGUUGUGCUUGACUUAACUGGCAUCGCCUAUCAUUUUUUUUACAACCACUGCUUUCUAAACAAAUUUUCGACUGAAAAACAUUCAGCCAUGUCCUCAUCUGAGAAGAGGUUGUUUAUGGGACCAGAUUUUUGGGCCCGUUGGGUGGUCGCACUAACGGACUUUCAUUAUAUCUUUUUUUUCUCUGCGUUUUGUUUGUUCCCAGUCUAUUGGCAAAAUCUUCUCGGGCCUAGCACAGUGUGGCGCCUGGGGUUGUUUUGAUGAGUUCAACCGUAUUGACGUUUCUGUGUUGUCCGUCAUCUCUACUCAAAUCAAAACACUGCAAAACUCACUCAGCAACCACCUCAAGAGACUACAGGUAAGACCUCUGUUUAUUCUUUUGCUCUGUGUGUGGCAUGUGAAGUAGCUUCCCACGCAGACGUUCUUAGGGGUUCGUCACGCGUUCCUGCCGCACGAACAGGAAUGCGUGACGAACCCCUAAGAACGUCUGCGUGGGAGGCUACAUAUAACGUGGAUGAAACUGUUUGUGGAUGUAAACUUGGGCGUGGCUUUUUAGAUGGAACCUGUUGUGUAGUGCGUUAGUGUCGUUUAUUUCCCCAAGCACUAUCCACCAUGUAAUUAAACAAUUUUCUUGAUUUUCUCCUUUUUGCGAGUGAUUAUCGGUGGGUUUAUCUCAUCGUUUCCAAGCAAGUUUUCAAACUGUCUCAGUCACCAAAAGAGGAGGCUUACUACCAGGAAACGUUGCUCUUUAAAAUUCACAAACGUUCUGGAUCAAUUUGCGGUAUCAUUUUAUAGCCUGCGAACGCAGACGUAUUUCCGGUAGUCGCUUCUCUAUACCCGAGAAGCGACGACCGGAAAUACGUCCGCGUUCGCAGGCUACGGUAUCAUCAGAAACGUUGCAAAACUUCUUGCUAACCAGAUUGGUAUGCUGCUGUUUAGAAUGUUACUCUAAGCUUCUGGUUUACGACUUUCAAUCGCAUCAGUUGGCUGAUGGAAAAGGUACCAGAGCAGCUCUAAUGUUUCGUGCUCCCGGUAGAGUGAAAAGUUCAACUGCGCAAUUCGCCUUACAAGUCCUUGCAAAAAGCACGGACUGAUUUAUUCGACAUUCUUGAACCCCGUUAUGUUCUAACAAGUAUGUAUUUCAUUUAUCAGUUUGAAGGUACCGAGAUAGCGUUAGAUGGUCGCAUGGGGAUCUUCAUCACCAUGAACCCUGGUUAUGCAGGCCGUACAGAGCUCCCUGAGAGUGUCAAAGCUCUCUUCAGACCUGUAGUGUGUAUUGUUCCUGAUUUACAACAGAUCUGCGAGAUCAUGCUUUUCUCUGAAGGAUUCUUAAUGGCCAAGGUAAUCAGCGUAAUGAGUUAGUUCAGUAGUUCAAAAAGGGGCUAGGAAGCGCAAUUUUAGGUAAAUUUCAGCUCUUACCAAUUGGUAAUGUAACUUACUGAAGUAUCAAGAUGACUGGUUGAAACAGUAAAAGAAAACACAGUAAUGAAGAAGCCCAAAAGAGGGCACGGAUAUUUGACAUGGGAAAAUUUAAGCAGAUUUUAGUUAAGUGAACUUGAAAAACAGCGGCACGAUCUUAUAAUAUUAACGAAGUAUUAUAACUAUUAUUAUUAUUAUUUAACGUGGCCGUGUUUUUUGUCAAAGGUCAAAGUUCACAAUUAACGAAAAUAAUUACUGUAACAAUUAUCGAACGUAUCGUGACCUGGCCCUUUAAAGGCAGAAGACCCUAUUUGAGAGGAAGUUCCUUGAUACCUAUUUAUACUUGCAGGUUCUGGCCAAAAAGAUGACAGUUCUGUACAAGCUGGCAUCCGGACAGCUAUCCAAGCAGUCUCAUUACGAUUUUGGUCUCCGUGCAUUAAAGGCUGUUUUAGUGAUGGCAGGAGAGCUGAAGAGAGGUUCCCCUGAUUUGAACGAGGCGAGUUUUACCCUUUAAAAGCCACUAACGGUGAUCAGCAUCAAAUUUCUCCUUGUAAUAUCAUUGCUUUAUAAAACAGACAUGUGAUAAGAAUUUAGGACAUGAUCACAUAUGAUGAAUCUAACUGAUUCUUCGACAACUUCUCUCCACUACUACUGUAGGAAACUUACAGGGACAAGUGAGAAUUUGAAUGUGGAUAUUAGGGGUUUAAGGGUUAAGUAGUAGACCAGUUAGAAACUGUUGUAGAUCUACUUGUCAGAACCAUUUUCUAAUAACACUUGUUUAGGAAGACCUUUUGAGCAGGCAGCAAAAGUUUUGGUGUAAUAUUACAGUACAUCUCUCCCAUUGACGGAUGCAGUGUUGAUGAAUUUCGUGACGUGACAUUAACAAUAGUUUUAGUGUAACAGUAUUUUAUCUCUUCCUGUAGGAUUUUGAGUUGACGCAAGCGUUUCGUGACAACAGUUUUGCUGAUUGCAAAGUUUCGUCGCAUGAAAUUUCCAACAGUUUUGGUGUAACAGUAUUAUAUUUCCUCCUUUAGGAUGUAGUGUUGAUGCGAGCGUUGCGUGACAUGAAUUUACCCAAAUUCGUGUUUGAAGACGUACCACUCUUCCUUGGCCUCAUAGCCGACUUGUUCCCAGGCCUUGACUGCCCGAGGGUUCGCUACCCAAAUUUUAAUGAUGCUGUGGAAGCUGUUCUACAAGACAACAAAUAUAUACUACUUCCCCAUCAGGUAUUUCAGAAGAAUUUUGACAUAAUAUUACAUCCAAGAGAGUGCCUUAGUUAAGACUGACAACAGCAAGAACAAUAAGACUUUUUGUAAUGUGCUGCAUGACAAACGACACCACAAAUUUCUGGUCACCAAGUUUUAUUUGUGAUAGUCAAAAGAUUUCGUCCAGAAAGAUUCUGGACAUCAAAAGUCUACGUCCAUGGUGCGAAACUAGAACUCGACACUUGCUAAAACUUAGCAGCCAGCAAUUGUUUCUUUCAAAACCCUCAUUUACAAGCAUGAAAUGCUGCUAAAAGAUCUAAUUUAUUAAAAGCUGUUGGUAUAAAACAUGGUGCGACAAUACUGUUCACACUUACUUAAGAUUUUAUGUGUGAUUGCGUUACAGGCUGACAAAGUUGUUCAGAUGUAUGAGACCAUGUUGACGCGUCACACAACCAUGAUCGUUGGUCCGACCGGUGGUGGAAAGACUGUUGUUAUCAAUACCUUGGCACAGGCGCAGACACGGUAAGAUUGCCUGUCCGCACCCACCUUCCACUAACCAGAACGAUAACUUUUUGUUAUAAACUUGAAGGAAUUAUGCUAUUGAUGCGCAUAAUGUUCAUUAGUGCCAGGAUGUAAAGGGGAAAACCAAUUGCAAAACUAACAACAACGGAGCUGCCAUGCAACAGCCUCUCCGGUCACCCUAUCCCCAGUGUCUUCUUGUUUCUAAAGGCAGCGCUACCUUGGAAAGGUCCUGGUGAAGAGUACAGUACUGUUAGAAGGUCUCAGUUGUUCCGUAUGUUUUGGCUUCACUGUCAAACAAAAUUUGCCCUAUAUUCCCUGCUAUUGUUUUACAGUUAAACCCCUUAAGUGCGCAGUCAAGGAGGCAGGUGGACUGGCAUCUGUGUUAUAAAUAGGCCCUGGAACUUUCUGUCAAAGGCUCUCUCAAGAUCUACUUGUUGUUGUUGAAACACUCGUCUCUAGUGUUUAUUUGCUUAUGGAGUCAGCCAUUUCAAAUUGAUCAAGAGUAGCUGGUCUGCUUAGCUUUAAUUUGACUUAACUGUCUAAAGGCUGAGACCUUUCAGGGUGAACAGAAAGACUUCUUUUUAAGGAUGUCCGGCUUUGAGUUGACUGGCGGUCUGUGUUUGUUUUGUGUUUUCAGCCUGGGUAUGUCCACUAAACUGUACCUAAUGAAUGCCAAGGCCUGUACAGUGGUAGAGCUGUACGGAACAUUGGACCCAGUAACUCGGGACUGGACUGAUGGAUUACUAUCCUGCAUCUUCCGUGAGAUCAAUAAACCAACCGACAAAAACGAACGGAAGUAUAUUGUGUUUGAUGGCGAUGUUGACGCCUUAUGGGUUGAAAACAUGAAUUCUGUCAUGGACGACAACAGGCUGCUGACGCUAGCUAAUGGCGAGAGAAUUCGGCUGCAGAAACACUGUGCUCUGCUGUUUGAGGUAUGACCCUAGACUUAUCAUGCCAUUUUUAUUCGACCAAGAAAAGUGGCUUCCCAACUGUUUGCAUGUGGUUAAAAGGAUCAACACGAACUCUACUCGGUUUUCUGCGAAAAUUGAAUAAUUUAAUAAGGAUGGUACUCAUAACACAGAGUUAUUUUAGCAAGGACAACUGCAGCAUGCAGAGGUAGUUGUAUAUUAGGUUGAAAAUAGAACAAUUUAACUCUUUAUGGUAAUUUUAGAUUAUUGCGUCGAUUCUUCCUUUUCAUCUCAGUGAUUCUUGCUAAGAUUUACCUUUGCUAAAUGGUCAAUCAUCACGCUAAAAUAACCUGCGUUCCGCAGACCUUCCCGUAAUGCGCAGAGUGCACAGUAACAACGCCUACAACGCCUUUUACUGUUGCGGGCACCUCCAUAAAAGGGACCCUUCCCUAUUGGAAGUCUGAAAUAUCAACCAUCCCCUCCCCUAACCAACGGGACGCGCGGUGGGUUAGGUAGAGAGUAUUUUAUCGCUGCCACCCUGUUGCUCCUUGGCUUGCUUGUUUCGUAAGUUAACCAAAGGUCGGGCACAUGAGAGAGACUCUUUUGUAAUUAAACACAGACGUUAAAGUGGCCAACUAUUUCCUCAGGUUGCAGAUCUCCGCUACGCGUCUCCAGCUACUGUAUCACGGUGCGGUAUGGUGUACGUGGAUCCCAAGAACCUGGGAUAUAACCCUUACUGGGAGAAGUGGUGUAAUGCUCGCGGAAGCGAUAAGGAGAGAGAGGAGCUCAACAGACUGUUUGAGAAAUAUGUGCCACCCUGUAUAGACCUCAUACUUGAAGGAAUCGUCGAGGGAAAGAUAGGAAAGAAGUUAAAAACUAUCAUCCCUCUCACAAAUCUGAACAUGGUAAGUGAGUGGAUGGGACUGCUUUGAAAUUUUCAUCGAUUUAUGUGAAAAUAAAAAGACAAAAUUUCCAUAUUUAUAUUUUACUAGAGGUAAUCAUUGAUUACAGAUCCGCGUUCGCCACUUUAAUACGGAAACGAAAUCGAGUCACAGGAACUCAAGAUUAGGAAGCGUUCUGACGAACGCGAUAAGUAAAAUGUUAGGUACGCAAAGACUAAUCGAGGCCAAUAUUGUGGCCUACAGGAAAAUCGGAAUGAAAAUUGAUGAAAAAUAAUAGCAGAUAAUGACAGUCAUAAGAAGGAACUGAACUUCGUGAACGGUUACUUUCUACAGGACCGUGUCGUGUUUGUUUGUUUGUUUGUUUGUUUUGUUUUUGUGCUGUUGCUUUCUCCAACUAAAAGUGGAUGAAGGACGAAUAUAAGGGCUUACGUCGAAACAUUUCUUUUAUUCUAGAAUAGGUGUAUCUGCUUGUAGGCUUACCCUCUUGAUCGACUGAAAGACAUUACCGGCACAGCUUGUUUGCUAGGCUGUCUGAUCGGCGUGUCUUUGCUGUGGUUUAUUAACAUACAAAUUACCUUGAGAACGCAUAUUAAUACAAACAAAUUUUCAAAAUUUGAAUGAGCUGUUACAUUAAGAACACUUAAACCACGUUUACAUGGUUGGGACUGCGCUGCAAAACUGAGCUCCAGUUUAAGUGUUACCUGGAGAUAGUCAAUAGAGGUGGACACUACUAGAGAUUGUCACGUCACUCGUGAUGUUUUUCGUCCCACCGUUGUUUUAAGGUCUUAACUUGCCAUGUGUCCAUCAAAGAGUAUACGGCAUGUCGAUUUCAUUUUUAGAGAAGUUCUUUCAAUAUUCGAUUGCUAUUUUUUAAGACAUGAAUGGUGAACUUACAUCGGUGAGGAAGAAUAUGUAGACAAAGAUAACCACUGACAAGUUUGAUUAUUUCCGUUGUCAGGUUGUUCAGUUGUCCCAGAUGCUGGAUGCGCUGCUUCCCCCUGCAGAAAGUGCGAACUUCCUUGGUUCUGAAACAACAGAGGCCAUAUUCAUAUCUGCAUUAACCUGGUCUUUAGGGGGAGGGCUGCUCGAGAAUGGGCGGACUGUGUUUGAUGGGUUUGUCAAAAGAAUUGCUACAUUGCCUCAGAAUCCUGCUGAGGGGUCUGUUGUUGGACCAGGUAUGAUUUCGUUUGUGUUGUUGACAAGGCGGUUAUGCUCCUUUGCAUGUUACGUGAUUUAAGGGAAACCAACAUGCCACUUGAUGCAAAGCUGUAUAAAUUCAGGUUAAACAUCUCGAAUAUCUUAUGCACGAGAAAAACACACUCACACAAAUAUCUGAAUCUCUUGCAAUUCUGUGUUUCAUGUCUAGGAUUCUUCGUUACCUGGUUUCGAGUUUUUGAUGUUGUGAUAGUGAAACCCACUUCAUUUUCUCCUUAGUAAACUGGAACUAGCGUGAAGUCGAGUCUUUUACGGAUGAAUACCCAGCGUGAGCCUCGACUGUUUUCCAGUUACAGUUUUUUACCGAGGAUGAAAUUGAAAAAUGAAGUGACAAUACCCUGGCUACUACACGAUGACUAAGGAAUAACUUCAGUUUCUAUGCACCCAACAUUAACACUUACUUCUCAUUUAGGGCAAAAUGAUGGCUUAAGGGAGGGGUAGGUGGACAGUUUCCCAGAAACCUAAAUUUAUCCCUUUCUUCUUUGUAUUCGCUAACUCUGUCCACGUUCCCUGUCUGCUUAGGUGAGAUUCCUAGCGCCCAGUCCACGUUAUUCGAAUAUUUCUUUGACUCGAAGAAGCUCCUCUGGGUCCCCUGGGUGGACGUUAUCCCGGAGUAUGUUCACGACCCCGAAAAAAAGUUCUCUGAGAUUUUGGUUCCAACUGUGGACACUGUGAGGACAACAUGGCUGCUGGAACUGAUGGUCAGUAUAAAGAGGCCUGUGGUACUCGUGGGAGAGACUGGUACUUCUAAGUCUGCAACUACCGCGAACUUUCUAAGGAGUCUCGACAAGGAUUCUACGGUAUGUUAUCAGGAACUCACGGUUUUUGCUACAUCUGUGAAAAUUGGCUUUUGUCCGAAUAGCAGCUCUGGAACUUAAUAAUAGUUGUCCACCUUAUUCCUCGUAUGUUAAUCACUUUGUUAUCCAUCUUUAAAGGUGCUAGCUACGUCAUGCUAUUGGCUAUCUGUUUUUAUUAAAAACUGAAUCAUUGGAUAAUGCAAUUCUAGAGCUCUGAUUGGCUAAGCCAUCAUGGUAUAUGAGCCAUUAUACCAUGCUCUCCAAAUAUGGUAACUGUACGCGUCUGCUCAAAACUAAAAACAAGCUGAAAAAAGUCGGUUGUUUUUACAAAUAAAGUAAGGAAAAAUUCUCGAUAUUUUGUGGGCGUUUUCAAUAAAACAAUUAUUCCACUCGCGCUUGUUGGAUGUGAGAUGAUUAAAGCCAACUCGGCGCUAUGCGCGUCGUUGGCUACCUACCAUCUCAUAUCCAAAGCGAACUCGUGGAAUGACGGGCAUCAAUUUUGUUAUUUACAUAAACUCAUUUCUUAUUGACUUUAUUUGUCCCUCCUGACUCACAGCUCCUGCUUAAUAUCAACUUCUCUUCGCGAACAACUUCCAUGGACGUACAAAGGAACCUUGAGGCCAACGUAGAAAAGAGGACAAAAGACACUUACGGUCCCCCUAUGGGGAAGAGAUUGCUAGUGUUCAUGGAUGACAUGAAUAUGCCACAGGUGGAUGAAUAUGGCACACAGCAGCCAAUAGCAUUACUGAAGCUACUGCUAGAGAAGGGAGGCAUGUACGACAGGGGCAAGGAACUUAACUUAAAGAAUUAUCGGGAUAUCGGCUUUGUGGCUGCCAUGGGAAAGGUACAGAGUGUUUAGCACCUUUGCAUGCACGCAAGCUCCUAGGACGUGAGGUCACCAUUUCCCUGCUUUUUGACACACACUGAAGGCUUUCAGCGUUUGAUUACAUGAGCUGCGUUAGCACGGUUUACACGUGAAUUAAACACAACAAAAAUCAGCUCCUUAAUCGACAAACGAGCCUGCUUGUUAGCCAGGAUAUACAGGGAUCGCGGCCUAUUUCUCUUUGCAUGAGCAAAUCAAACUUUUAUCAUCAUCUUAUACCGCUUGCAAAAAAACAAAUAAACAAACAAACAAACAAAACAAAACAGGACUGUGUGGAAACAGAUCCUCAGUAACUUGUAAUUUGAAAUUAAUGAUUAGAAAUUUACCCUUUGUUCUUUAAAGUCAUGGCUCCAUCAUUUGGUACCAUAUCCAUAAUACGUUUGGUGUCUUUCCUAAAUUCUCCAAAAGGAGAAGCUUACAUUAGUUUCACUUUUUGUUAAAAUUUGUUGUUCGUUGUGAAGCAAUAAAUGCUUGUUCAUGAAACAUCUCAUUACCACGCAUGUUCAACACGCCUACACCUUUCCCCUAACUUAGUUUUGAAACCUAUUUUUAGCCUGGUGGUGGUCGCAAUGAAGUGGACCCGCGCUUCAUCUCUCUCUUCAGUGUUUUCAACGUCACCUUCCCGUCACAGGAGUCACUUACCAAAAUCUACUUCUCGAUUCUGAACGGCCAUUUGGAGCCAUUCAAAAAGGAGGUUAGAGAGCUGGCCUCAAAAAUCACGUCUGCAACUCUGGAGUUAUAUAACAAGAUCAUACAGAACCUGCCACCCACCCCUUCUAAGUUCCACUACAUCUUCAAUCUGCGUGACUUAUCCCGUAUCACCCAGGGACUAUGCCUGAGCACGCCCGACAGGUUUGAUAAUCCUGGACAGUUUGUUCGACUGUGGAAGAACGAGUGUCUCAGAGUGUUUUACGACCGUCUGAUCAAUUCGUCAGAUAAGAAGAUCGUCAAUGUAAGUUUUGACUAGCAUUUUGUUUUUCAAAGGAAAACAUGCCCUGUUACAAAAGACAAGUUUCUCGUCAAAUGUCGUUUUGUGAUUGGCUUAAAAAUGUAGCGCAAGGUGAAGGUUAAAACGUUUAACCUAUAAAGGCUACGUUCAUCGGAGGAAUUUCCGACCCGCUGGAAAAUUUUGAUAGGACGGUUCGUUCACCAAAACCGUUCAAUAUUUUCCCACUGUUCACACGGAGCUGCCGAAAUAGAUUAAAUUUUGAGCGCUACUUUGGCAAAUCCAAAAUGGCGUCUCCCAACUGAGUUACCACGCAUCCAUAUGCAACCACGCCUUCGCUGAAAAUGGCUUUGGCAUUCCACCAGACAAAUUUUUGACCGUACAGCGUACUGGCUAAAAACUUUCAACUCUAUUUUGGUAUUCAAAUUUUUCACGGCUAUUCGUUAAAAAUUUCGUAGGGUUAGGGUGUGACGAGCAUUUUUAACUGUCAAAAAUUCGGGAUCAUUAUACGUUUCUGGGAAACUGCCUACCUACCCCUCCCUCAAGCCAACAUUUUGACCUAAUUAAGAAGUGAGUGUUAAUGUUGGCAUAGGGGAGGGGUAGGUGGGCAGUUUUCCAGAAACGUAUAAGGUGCCUUAUAAACGUGUAGCAUGAGUUUUACAAUUUUGUCGCCGGAUUGUAAUCUAUGCUAACCAAUGUUAAUCUUUGCUAAUCUUCCCCCUUCUAAACCAUCCUUAAUUCUUUUGAGUCUCAUUUUACCCCUAAGGUAUUUUCUGUUUACCAAACUAUAUUAUAUGCUUUACUCUCAUUUCUCAGGGUUACGUCAACGAGCUGGUCGAGCAGAACUUUAGAAACCACCUGGACUUAGUCAACAGAGAGCCGAUACUGUUUGGGGAUUAUCGUAACGCAUUAACUGAAGACCCACGUUUGUACGAAGACAUUGUGGAUUAUGAAGCUGCUAAGGCUGUGUUUGAUGAGGUUAGGGUGGACUUGUUCUCAUUAUUGGCUUCUGUUCUUGACUUUUUUAGGCUCGAGUACCAGCCGCUUUUCGGGAAAUAUACUCGCGCUCCUUCCCCGAAAAGACGGCUGGACGUGUGGGUUUGCUGUUGUUGAUUUCCACCUAUCAGAUCUUUAGCAGGUAGCGUAAGUUAAUUCCUCUAGAGCAGAUUUCAAACGGCAGAUACAAAGGUGUUGUUUGAUGUGGCGUGCGAUCGGAGACCGUACAAGAGCGAACCUUAGAGAGCGGCAGAAAUCGAGGCUAAUUCUCGAUUUGUGAGCUUUGGAGUAGAAGAAGUUGCUCGCCACUCUGUUGCCACAGUUGAUCCUCUUCAUUUGGUCCUGACGAAGCCAAACUUCGUACAAUCCCAUCUUCUAUGAUACGGACACUUCUGUUCUGUGGACACUUGGCUCUGUCCUGUUUUAGUCUGUAUUAAAGGUUUAACUGCCAGUUCCUAUCUCAAAGAGAGGUAUCAUGACACUAUUCGCACAGGGACAUUUUUAGAAGUUUCUAUAGAAGCUUCUGGCAAUAAACCAUUCUGUUUUAUCUUCAAUUACAGAUCCUAGAGGAAUACAACAUGGACCACGUGCCUAUGAAUCUUGUUCUCUUUGAUGACGCUAUCGAGCAUUUGACGCGUGUUCACCGCGUCAUCCGCAUGGAAAAAGGUCACGCCCUGCUGGUAGGAGUAGGAGGCAGUGGGAAACAGUCCCUCACCAGGCUGGGCGCCUUUUCUGCAGGGUGCGAGGUGUUUGAGAUCACGCUCACCCGUGGUUAUGACGAGAACUCUUUCAGAGAGGACCUGAAAGGACUUUAUUCAAAACUAGGGCUGGAAAACAAGAAAAUGGUUUUCCUGUUCACUGAUGCUCAUGUAGCACAGGAAGGUAAUGUAGCUGACAUAUUUGACGUCGCACGUAGUUUUGUCAAAUACUUCAGGACGAGGUGCGGCUAGCAGUGGGCUUUUGACUUGCUGUACUACUGUAGUAUUAGGGCAUGUUUACAUGGAGGUAGGGGAGCCCAGGUAGGUGAGGUAACCCGCUUAGGUGGGGAACCCGCCUGUCCACAUAAUCUCUCAUUUAAAUUUGAUCACGUUUACAUGAUAGGUGGGGUGACCCGCCGCAUGUUACCUAACCUAUCUGGGGUCCUCCACCUCCAUGUAAAGAGGCCCUUAGAUGUAAGCAGCAAAAGCGUUAGUUUUAUUAUAACACUAUGGUUUCGCCGUUUUUUCUGCUCUUGCCUUUAGCUUCUUUCGGCAGCUCUCGUCCUCUUCUCAGCUGUUGCCCAGAAACUGCGCUAUGUGAGGAGAGAGUAGAAUCAGUUUGGAGGAAUCAGUUUUAAAUUGUAGCCGGCGAUCGACUACACCGUGCAGCGAAAUGACUUUGUGUAUGGCAAUGGCUGGCAACCACAUGAAAAUUAUCUGAGUACACUUUCUACUUCGGCGUUUUCAGGUUAUGGUAAAAUCUGGUAUUUUUCCCCACUAGAUCGAUCUUACAGUAGUUUCUGUUGUAUUUGCUUUCAGGUUUCCUUGAACUCAUCAACAACAUGCUGACGUCAGGAAUGGUUCCCGCGCUUUUCCCCGAUGAUGAAAAAGAAGGAAUUAUCGGACAGGUAAGUAAGGACAAUUAAUGGGGUCUGCAUAAGGCCUCCCCACCCCCCAGGGUUCUCAUUAAGUGCGAGCAACCGGCUAAAAAUACCGGCUACUUGGAAGUUUGAGCCGUCUACUUUGUGGGGAUAAAGGGUAAAGUGAGAGAGUGAAAGCCUGAUAUUGCCUAUACAGCACUCAGUGACCUACUUAUACAUCCUAGACCCUCUUAGACAUUAAAUAAGGAGAGCCCUGAAGGGCGUGGGGGAGAUUGUGAUCCUGACAAGCUGCGAAAAUUAUUUUGUACUUUAUCAACUUUAGAACAGCUAAACCUUUAUCGAUGAAGUCUCUCUGCUGGUCUGAUAGGUUUCUUUACUUCCCGGUUAUCAGUUGUCUUACUGUAUUCAUGAUUUGAUGCAGUGUUGUCGUUAAACUCGUGUCCUCUCCUUCACAGGUUCGAGACGAAGCAAACAAAGCAGGAGUACCACCCGCACGGGAAUCUAUCUGGCAGUACUUUGUGAACAAAUGCGCCAAUAAUCUUCACAUCGUGCUGGCCAUGUCGCCUGUGGGAGAGACCCUAAGGACUCGCUGCCGAAACUUCCCAGGUCUCGUGAAUAACUGCAUCAUUGACUGGUUUACAGCCUGGCCGCAACAGGCUUUGCACGCCGUUGCCUCCGUGUUUUUGGGAGAAAACGUAAGUUUUUCCUCAUUUUGACACACGCUAAGUUUUCACUCAGCUAGCUUGUGCCUCCUUGAAGGCGCGCGAUUUUGGAAACUGCUUCUUCAACUAGAAUAACUACAAGUUACACAUUAAGUGAGACUACACACUAAGUCAGUACACACACUCCGAGACUAUAAUAAAUUUUAUUCUAGUCUCGACGUGUUAUUACUGACUGGUGUUUCGCUGUGCCUCGUUUGUAACUUGAACAGUUGUGGCGUACAGUACUUGGUGAUGCCCACCUAUUUAAACUCUUUCACUCAGGACAGCAGACAAAUUCAACACAGUUUUAACCCUAAAAACAGAGACGGUACCGUACAGAAUUCAACUUUAAGUUCCUAGAUCCGAAUCGGACAAAGGGUAGAGUUAACUUUAGAUACGUUAAUAGUUUGAGUUUGUUGCGUAUGUCCUAAGGAUACAAUGUCAUAUGGCCUGCGUCGUCGGCAUUCGAAGGGGAAUGCCGAGUUCGAGCGCGCUAACACGCGCGUGAUCCCCUUCGCGUCCUUGCACGCCCGAAUUUUCCCAUUCAUUUUCCAGUUUGAAAGCCUGCCACCCAGGCUAAAUGAAAUAUUGUCCAAUAUUAUUUAUUUAUUGGAACAUUUUUUUUUUAGAAUGACAAAAUUCCUGAUGAAUACCGUGAGAAUGUCGUCAACCACGUGGUGUACGUACAUCAAACCGUUGGAGUGUUCAGUAAAACGUUUCUUCAAAAGCUGAGGAGAGUGAACUACACUACGCCCAAGAACUAUCUGGAUUUUAUCAACACUUACAACAAGUUACUGGAAGAGAAAGAUAAAUUUGUUUUGGAACAAGUAAGUUAUUUCAUCAUGAUGCUUUCCGUCGGUGCCCUUUGAUCAAGUAUGCAUAAUGUUCGCACUUUCUCAAGCCCAAGUCGCGACGAUCGCUAUGGAUGAAACGACGAUCUUAGAGAUUAAAGCGAUAAGGGCAUUGCCUUUCAAAUCAAGUUUGACAACGUGAAUCGUGCGAUAAUGGCAAAGAGUUCUGCCAAAAGGUGUGCUAAAGUUCAGAGUGUCUGUUUUGCUUAUUAAACGUGUUUCGUUGUUGUUUAUUUUCUUGUCUUCUUUGUCAUCAUUGUGGUUGUUUGAGCUCGCUAGUUACGGUACCGUGCAAAACAAUUGACAAUACCCGACGAUUUUGUUGAAAAACCGACGAUUUGAUGGAAAACGCGCAGCACAAACGACGUCCGCAGGUACCCAUUAAGAGGCUGAAUCAUGAUAUACAUUUUGACAUUUUGAGGGACACCGUAGGUACACAUUCUUUUACCAUACUUUCUGACAAAUUGCUACUAGCGUUUCAUCUUGAAAGGGGUUGCCCAUUUGUUAGCCUCACAAAAAAUGUUCAGCGACGCAAAUGUUAGGUCAGGUUGGUUGGUUCAACGUUCUCGUUUCUUUUUCUCUCUUUUUUUUAGUGUCAUCGCCUUGAUGGCGGUCUCAGCAAACUUUUGGCAGCCAGUGAGCAACUGAAAGAACUCAACGAAAAGUUGGAAAUUCAAAAAGUAGCCGUGACUGAAAAGAGCGAAGCCUGCGAGAAACUGCUGGUGGAAAUUCAGCGCGCCACUGAGCUAGCUAAUGAGAAGAAAGCCAUGGCUGUAGGCAAGAAAGAAGAGAUUGCUGAACAGAACAAGGAAAUUGUCGUAGAGAAAACGGAAGCGGAAGAAGCUCUUGCGUUGGCACUUCCGGCGUUAGAGGAAGCAAAACUGGCUUUACAGGAUCUAGAAAAGUCUGAUGUCACUGAAAUCAGGUACUGAACGGAUGGUAACUCCACCCAGCGAUCAAGUAUUUCGCUAACAGUCUUUGCGUGUAAGGUGUUCAUAACUUGCUCCUACGUGGAUAUCUGAUGUUGAUCAAAUAUUUUUUAAAAAAUGCUCUUGCCCAACAUGGCAUUUUGUUUUAAAAACAACCUUCCAGUGAAAUCCUUUGUCGUGCUCAAAUGCUUGUGAGAGGAAAUCUCUGUCGGUGUAGAAUCCUUGUUUACCAACGUUCCUACAAGCUGUUUUACGCAAGCUAGAGACUGAUGCAAACCUUGCUGACCGCAAAAAAACCAUCUCAUGCGAACCCCUUGAAUUUCUUAUUAAGUAACAGAUCGUCCUACGGAUAACAAGAUGGCGACCACAUCGCGAGAGAAACGAAAAUGCUCUUAAUGAAGGCAAUUCUGUAGGCGUAAAUUAGUAAAAAGAAUUAGCCUCACGUUUUUGGCAAACGGCUUAAAGUGGCUGUGACGUCACGGCUGUCUAGUUUAUAUUGUCAAUAAUCCCAAUUACGCGUCCUUGCUCGCAGAAAGACUUAAGAAGUUACUCAGUAUAGGGCCUGUUUACAUGGAGGUGGGGGACCCUAGGUAGGUGAGGUAACCCGUUUAGGUGGGGUAACCCGCCUGUCCAUACAAUUUCUCAUAUGGUCACCCCACCUAUCAUGUAGACGCGAUCAAAUUAAUAUGAGAGAUUGUAUGGACAGGCGGGUUACCCGACCUAAACGGGUUACCUCCCCUACCUGGGGUCCACCACCUCCAUGUAAACAGGCCCUUAGUGGCAGUUCCCGUCGUUUGAAUUUUUAUGCAUUUCGUGACAAGGCUUCUUUAAGACAGGGAUGACCUCGUGACUAAUUACUUCAUCCCAUUUAAUACGCAUGCUUUUUUCAGUGUGACGAUCAGUGUUGUCUCAUCCAUGAGAAAGUUCAUGAAGUAUGAGUAAUCAUAUCGUCAUCUCUGUCGUUUGCUUUUCUAUUAGCCUGGUUACAGUUACCCUGUGACUAAUCUUUCCCCUGAUGUUCUCCCGCAGAUCGUUUGCCAAACCCCCGCGUGCAGUGCAGAUGGUGUCCGAGUGCAUUGUAGUGAUGCGCGGCUAUAAGGAAGUGUCGUGGAAACAAGCCAAGGGGAUGAUGUCAGAAGCAAACUUCCUAAAGUCUUUGACAGAAAUGGACGUAGAUGGAAUCACUACAGCGCAGGUACUGUGUGUAGGCCUUUCAGUGCGGAGCGUGUGCAAAUGAAAGCUUUCGUUGAAGGAGCAGAUUAUUUUAAGGUUUCCAUGUAAUCGUGUCUCGUUCGCCUCGAUAUUUUGGGGUGGUGGGGACUAUAGGGACGAUUAUACGGAAACAAAGCUAGACCGAGAGGUCAUAUCAAACUAACUAACUAUCUGUCUGGAACGAACGCCUCAGCCCUCUUCGACCACUCUAAGUAGUAUAGGAGAGUAGGACUUAAAACUACAAGACACAGUGAGCAGCACCACAGUAGUAGUCAAUAGCAUUUGCCCUAUUCACACCUGCUAAACAUGUUUGAUUAAACUAGGUUUUAAAACUGGAACACAGGCUUUUACACAGUAGAAUUCAAAUGAACUUUAACACAAUACCCAAUUGCACUUAUUUGCAGUCGAAAACAGUACAGUUAGGCAACUUUUCAUAACGAAAACAAAUGUAAACCCUGUUUAAAUACUUUUGUUUAAGCUUUGGUGUGAAUGGUGCUUUAGUUGCUUAAGAACGCUAUCACCAACAAUCAAUUUGAAUGUAUCAUUCUUGAUCGCGUUAUAUUAAGUUUAGAGCUAAAAAAAAUUACUGACCAAUGACAUUUUCUGUAUCAAACCAAUAGACCUUUCCCGCAUUCCGCUCCAGUGAGCAAGCAUAAUGAAAUGAGGUCGAGGCUCGGGUGGACAGUUUCAUACAAAUCACUGUGUUUUGUCCACCCAAGCCUCGACUUGAUGCCUUUGUUUACAGGAAUGCGGCAAAGGUCUAUUAUUUACUUGUCCCAUCUCUUCCCCAGGUGAAGCGGUGCAGAGAGAUGUUGAGAGAGAUGAACAUUACUGUGGAGGAGAUGAGGGAAGUCAGCAAAGCAGGAGCUGGUUUACUCAAGUUCGUGAUCGCUGUUAUGGGAUACUGCUCUGUUGCUAGAGAGAUAAAACCCAAGAGAGAAAAGGUGGGUGACUGGCAGUAGAAUAGCUAGACUGCGUAGGUAGAGUGCGGGCAAUUUCAUUGACUUAACUCAGUAUAGGGAGCUUGUGAGCUACGCACGGCAAGACGCGGGGCUAAGGAGCUCUAAUUCCUCCAGUCUUCACAGUUCGUUCCCUUAAAGAAAAGCAUUGCUUGCAACUUCAUUUCAAUAGCUAUGCUGAAGGAUUUUCAUACGCGAACCCGGAAGAUAGAGUUAUGGUGCGUAGAAACGAGAAAAAUACUGUUCAGAGGCUUCAACCGAAUGGUCACACUCCCAAAUCUCAUCUUUACACUCCAAUUUAAAAUAAAAUUAUGAUAUUUCCUCCAAUAAGCGCUCGGGCGCUUAAUAAAAUUGCCGCUUAUUGGAGGGGCGUUUAUUGGGUAGAUAGCAGGAGAGCGUUUAAUCGAGGUGGGCAGCGGGCUUAUUAAGAGCGGAUGUCAGUAAAUAUCGACCAGACGUCUACAAAACUGAAAAAUCGAAAAUUCUCAAAAAAAUUCACAAAGUAGCACUAGGCAAGCUAUUAACAUAAAUGUAAUUUUUACUUCGAUCCGAUAAUUAUUUUCCACGUACGGGGGGGUUAUUGGUUUCGCGGCUCUCGGACCGGGUUUUCCAGGCCCGAGACCAUGUGUCGCAAAAAAAUCGUUUUAAAAUUCAAAUCCAUUGUAAUGCGGAAAACAAAUAACUUAUUCAGAAGAGUACUUAAUUGCACACAUUCUGAGUGGUGAUUUACUAAGUUUGAACGAAAGUGUAAUAUUUUGGAGAUUUUUCAUUAUUUUCAAUAUUUUGAACGUUUUCGUUCAAUGAAAAAAUGGCAAAUUUCAAAGCCCAAAAUCGUCGACUGGUACCUCGAUUUCAGUAACGAGUCUUAUACCACGUUAAAGAGCGUUAUCUCUUCUUUCAAAAUCUGUUUUUAAAACUACGGGCAACUUAAAAGAAAAUGUUUGAGGCCAAAAAAUACUAGUAGUACUUUUCUGAAAUUUGAGCUUUCCAGACUCAGCGGGUCGAUGCUAAAAACUCAGAAAAAUGCAAUAAGAAAUCAGUUUGAGCAACAGUGAUUUAACGUUAUCAGCUAUCAGAAACCAACACGUGUUUAUCGAGCGAUCUGAUAAAAUUUAAAGCCGUUUUCCAACAAGAAAAGCAGAGUUUAGCCAUCUUCUGCUACCAAACGCACGAGUGACGUAAGGUUGUCAAAGGGCAAAGCACAAUAAUAAACUUCAAAAAGCACAACGUUUCUGCGUCCAGGAAUUAGACUUUAGCGGACAGAACAAUGCCUACGAGUGUAUGUUUCAUACCUUAGCAUGGGUUUCCUAGAUACUGGAAAUAAAAAACAUCAAGGACAGCAUCGGCAAGAGCAUCUUCGGCUGCUCUCAAACGACGGAGAUUGCGUUACUUUUCACAGAUUGACCGCUUACCACCUGUUUUUGGGCUCGCAUUUCGACGGAACGCUUGCCUCGAGAGGCGCGCGGCACGGAUCUGAACUCUUCUUCACGAGACAUUGAGCUGAAUUUAUCGGAAAUAUGCCACCACCACCAACAACAUGAGCUUUUUUCGGGUAUUUGUCGUUUUUUAUGCGAAAAGUUCGGGUAAGCAGAUUCUCGCAAAAACCAUUUGGCUUAAAAAAUGUGUUUAAAAGCCCACCCUGGAUUUGAAGCAAAAAGUAUUUCCUCGAAAUAAGCUAAAAAUACCCAAUUCACGCGGUGAAAAAAUGGAUGAUUAUGGAAGGAUUAUCGAAUUCUUGCCUAACCUGAGGGAUUUCCCGUGAUGUAGGAUUAGGGCUAGGAAAAAAGCCCAUAACCUGCUCCUGUCGUUGUGAAUUUCCUCAAGAUCAAAAAUUUCAGUAAGAACCGAAAACAACAGCUUAAAGGAGGUGCACACACCUUGAACUAGCCAGGGAAAAGGGGCUUCUGAUUGAGCUAAACUGUCAUUGAUGCACGGUGCAAUUAGGUAGACCUGUUACUAUCCCCCGCGCAACCACAUGGGGAGUACUUUGAAGCGGUCCUGUCGGGGACUUUCGGGGGUAGGGGGCGGGGCAAAUCGAAAAUAACUUCUCUUUGUUUUUGUGAAGUACAUCAUUUCUCGCACGGUUGACAAGGUGACGGCGGACUCCGUACCUUUGGAAAGGCCCUUUUGAAACAUGUCCUGGCAACAUGCAGGGCAUCACGAAAUUAACGUCAACACCUUGAAUCAACUCCAUGAACAGGGAGAGGCGAUAAGUCCCAUCUUAAAAGAUGCUUGAUGUCUAGACGUGAAUAGUCUGUCCACAGUCAUUUUUCAUUUUGUAUUUCGGGACCAUUUGACAGCGUACGAGUGAACCGGAGCGCAGUAACGAGCCCUAACCCCACCCCAUUGCCCUUGCGGUCAAUAAAUCAUCGCGUUUUUCAUUUUUUUUAUGCGCGUUCGAGAACCUCCAAAGGGAAUAUUGAGGGUCUUUGUACAGUUUCAGUUUAUUUUACCGACAAAAAAGAACAAAACAAAGCAAAAGACAAGUAUACAGAAACACGCAGAAGCAAUGUGGUGAGGAAGCCCAAAAAGAAACCAUAAGGCUUAGGUCAUCCCCUUUUCGUUCGUUUAGCGUCGAAUAGGUUUCCUGGUUUUGGGUGGGUCGGUCGGUGGGGUGAAAAAAAAAAUCACAAGAAAUCUGAGAACGGGAGGCCUGAAACACCAGCAUCAUUGCCGUGGAGACUGAAAACAACAAGACAUGGGCACCAAAUCGACACAAACUCAAUAUGGCGGAAAAUUUGAUGGUCAAUUUCAUAAAAAAAAGGCCCAAAAAGGGUAAAAAGCAAAGAGGAUACACCACCGAACGUUUUAUGCCUCGAAAUGAUGUUAUAAUACUAAUUUUUUAGAUUAAAAGAAUUAAUCUAAGUCCAAAAAAAAUAAACCUUGUCGUUUCUUUUUCUUGCUUUUUUAAAAAAUGCCAAAAAACUGGGUCUUUUGGACGACACUAAACGAAGAAAAAAUUAAUAUAGGUAUUAAGCUCCCUUAAAGUAUAAAAGUAUAAGUUUACAAGGACAGGAUCGAACGUAUACUGAGUAACUAAAUGAUAAAAAUUUGAUCAAAAUUAAAUGAAAGGCUAAGAGCCUAAGCGCUGUCUGAUAACGAAACGGUAAACAAGAAGUGCUGCCUCUCAUUUAAAAGAGACGUGAAAUACUGGGUGGACCACAUCCUGAACUCCCGCGAAAACCGCAAGAGAGGAACGCUCAGGGCUAAGGAGACUAAACAGGGGCGUAGCUACUUGUACGCACGGUUUGCACGUGCGUACCCGAAAACGUUGAGGAAAAAAAUAGAAUGAAAUAAACAUAACUAAAAAAAAUCGGUUUCCAGAGAAGCGACGACAUUAAUUGGAGAACCGAAUCUUGGAUGAUUUAUUUAUAUAGCAAGCUUGAUGAUGUAAAGCGUGAACGCGUUGUUUUCUCCACGACCUGUCUUCGGAGUAGACGAAGUAGGGCACAAUUACGUCAAUGUGUGGUGCUUUUGUCGGUCAAAAAUAAUGUGACAAAAAGGGGUAAAAAGAGUCAUUUGUAAACUAAAGUCGGAGGUACUACAAGCUUGAUUUUUAAUAGCUGAAUUAAUGAUAAACGGUUGACGUCAAUGAACAUAACAAGCCGACAGAAUUAAAGAAUUUUAGAGGUUGUGUCAUUUCAUAAACAGCAAAAAUGCUUUUGCUUACAACCGUUAACCCCACCUUUAAUAAAGGCACCUUAAAAAAAUGUUGAGAUUGGGGUGGAGGGGGGGGGGGGGGGGAAGAAGAUGUAGAAAAAGUUGGGCGUACCUCCGGAAAAAUCCUGACUACGCACCUGCUAAAGCCUGAAACUGAACAACAGGAGUCUUGACGAAACGUCCUCAGUUAUCACCUGUCCGGGGUCGUACUUUCAAGGAAACGCUGAUCAAGAAUCACUCAUGACGGAAUGAAAACUCCUCGUAGCUUCCAGCGAAAAAAGGAGUGACAACAGUGGUAAGCGGUCGUUCUGUGAAAUGUAACGCAAUCUUUGCCGUUUACGAUCUUUCGGCGCUUGGAUUUGAAACGUUGUUGUUUGGUAUGUUCUCCCGUGUGGAUACUUGACAUUUCCAAUAUAUGGAAACACCAUGCUAAGGUACGAACAACAGACAUUCACAACAUUGUUUUGUACGCUAAAAUCUGAUUUCAUGGACGUAAAACGUUUUGAAUUUUAAGACUUUUUAAUAUUAGUGCUUUGCCCUCCCUUUGACAACUUCACGUGACUGGUGCACUUGGCAGGAGUUGACAGCUUAAAUCUGCCUUUCUUGAUAGCAAACGGCAUUAAUUUAUAUCAGAUCGCUGUAUAAACACGUCUUGGUUUCUGAAAGCUGAUAACAUGAAACCACUAUUGCUCAAACUGAUUUCUUACUGUAUUUUUCCAAGUUUUUAGCAUCGGCCCGCCGCGUCUGGAAAGCUCAAAUUUCAGAAAAGUACUACUUGUAUUUUUUGGCCUCAAAAAUUUUCUUUUAAGUUGCCCGUAGUUUUGAAAACAGAUUUUGAAAGAAGAGAUAACGCUCUUUAACGUGGUAUAAGACUCGUUACUGAAAUCGAGGUACCAGUCGACGAUUUUGGGCUUUGAAAUUUGCCAUUUUUUCAUUGAACGAAAACGUUCAAAAUAUUGAAAAUAAUGAAAAAUCUCCAAAAUAUUACACUUUCGUUCAAACUGAGUAAAUCACCACUUAGAAUGUGUGCAAUUAAGUACUCUUCUAAAUAAGUUAUUUGUUGUCCACAUUACAAUGGAUUUGAAUUUUAAAACGAUUUUUUUGUGACACAUGGUCUCGGGUCUGGAAAACCCGGUCCGAGAGCCGCGAAACCAAUAACCCCCCCGUAUGUGGAAAAUAAUUAUCGGAUCGAAGUAAAAAUUACAUUUAUGUUAAUAGCUUACCUAGUGCUACUUUGUGAAUUUUUUUGAGAAUUUUCGAUUUUUCAGUUUUGUAGACCUCUGGUCGAUAUUUACUGACAUCCGCUCUUAAGUUUUGCCUUCAACGAACUGUUACUUUAUUUUUGCGCUUUUGAAUAUUUUAUAGAAAAGGCGCAAUACAAAUAAUAAAUGUUAUUGUUAUUGUUAUUGUUAAAUAUUAAGUAGAAAAAAAAACUUCAACUUUAUCCUCGUAAACGUCAAGUCAAUAAUAAUUUCUUUCGUUUGUAAAAACAAUGGUUGGUAAUCAAGCGUACCUUAGUCCCACUGUACACUUUAUACACAGAUGUAUCAAUAUGAAUGUUAUAGUUCAAACUUUAAAAGUUAAAACAUAGUGGCAAUAGAAACAGUUUUUCCUUGUAUAUCUUGUUCAGUGAUAUUUUAGCCUAGGGGGGGUGGGCGCUUAGUCCGGGGUGGGGGCGCUUAUUCGAGGAAAUAUGGCAGGUCUUAUUCUGGAAUUUGGUGAGCGUGCUUCUGAUUGGCUGUGUGGUCAUUCUUUGAAGGUGGCAAGGUUGGAGAGAAAUUACCAUCUCAGCAAACGUGAGCUUGAGAAGAUCGAGAAAGAAGUGAAGGCUUUGGAUGAAGAAUUGAGGAAUCUGGGUGAGAAGUACGACGCUGCCAUGCGGGAGAGAGCAAGCCUGCAGGAAGAAGCAGAGAUUAUGGAAAGGCGACUAAUAGCCGCGGAUAAGCUUAUCUCUGGUCUGGGGUCGGAGAAAGUUAGGUAAACAGUUCGUGAAAGUCUUUACUUAUCAGCUAAAUUAGCAUGCGAAUCACCAAAUUCUUUUAUUAAAUCCGGGUGGAGAGACGAGAGUCUUGUAUAGGCGAUAUAGCUGUAUGACUCUCUGGAGGGUGUGAUGUAGCUACCUGCCUCGUGUGGUUAACUUUUUAAGAAAUAUCCAAAAUCAUAGCUUAGGUAUAGGAUCAAAAAGUUUUAGUGUAGAAAAAAUUGUUAUUUUUAAGUACCUGGUUAAAUUGAAUAACAUACACUUAACCACAUAAACACUUAAGCUUCUAUUUGAAGGCGACACCGUGCACAAGCUUUACGCGCUUGGUGAUUUGGUGAAGUUUUAUCGGUUCUUUUGCAGAUGGACAGAAGAUUUGGAAGAGUUGAAGCUUCAACGUGUCCGUCUGUUGGGUGACUGUCUCCUGGCUUCAGCUUUCCUCAGCUAUUUGGGCGCCUUUACCUGGGACUUCCGCCGGGACAUGUUCCGAGGGGAGUGGGAGAAAGAUGUCUUAAACCGGGGUAUCCCUGUAAGUCAGCCGUUCAAACUAGACACGUUCCUUACUAAUGAUGUGGAGAUCAGUCGUUGGACUUCCGAGGGUCUCCCGCCGGAUGAACUGUCAAUAGAGAAUGGUAUUCUCACUACACAGGCCAGCAGGUAUCCGCUGUGCAUCGAUCCGCAGCAGCAGGCGCUUAACUGGAUCAAGAAAAAGGAAGAGAAGAACAAUUUAAAGGUGGGUUGAACUCAUGUUUGAAAAGAAAUUGUAAAUACUGUUUCGUAAAAGUGCUACUUGAUCAAAUGUUUAUCUGCACAUUGCAAUGGUAACCUUAGUUUUUAGAGGCUUCGAAUAAAUAUUAUUCCUUUUUUAGGUCGUGACGUUCAACGACCCUGAUUUCCUGAAGCAACUGGAACUGGCCAUCAAGUAUGGCUUCCCAAUCCUGUUCAAGGACGUGGAUGAGUACAUAGAUCCUGUCAUUGAUAAUGUACUAGACAAGAACAUCAAAGGUAAAUAAAUAAAAUAAAGGACUUGGAGGAAGAGCGCUUUUCUUCUCCUGAUUUCUCUUGCGGCCUUGUCGCUUGUUUUCUCGGUUAAUCCUUCGGAUCAAUUUAGGUUUCUAGGAAACUGCCCACCUACCCUUCCCCUAAGCUAACAUUUUGCCCUAGAUAAGACGUAAGUGUUAAUGUUAGCUUGAGGGGGUGGGGGAGGGAGGGGUAGGUGGGCAGUUUCCCAAAAUCCUAAAUUGAUCCAGUCCUUCACCGUAAUCCAACAAAACUGCCAGCUAUUAAGGAUAGAAAAUGCCAAGAGAGAACUUAUAGAAAAUAUUCACGAACAAACGAAUGACCAAACCGUCAAAAAAGUAACCGAAGGACUUACAGAAACCUAAACAGUUUGAACAAACGAGUGUAAUUCAAUAAUUGCAGUCGAUCCUCCCGUAAGCGAUCACCCCAAAUGACAAGAUUUGGUAGUCGCUUAUUAGAGUUUCCAACUAGAUUGCUUGGACUGACAAAACUGAUCCUGGUGUUUUGGAUAGGUGGUCGCCUUAUGGAUAGCCCGCGAGCAAACUCUCCAUUUCGGGAAUAUCGUGAGAAGUCACGCGCGAGUGGCACACACGAAAGGAUACACGAGAUAGGAGGCGAGAAUCCUCACCUCCGCCGCCCCUUGCGACUUUGCUGCUCGAUUGUGGCUUCUCCCGCGGCUGCCUUUGCUAACCCUUACGAAAUGGAGGGCGUGCUCGUAGGUUACUUAGGAAAGAUGGUCACAUAGGACGGAAUGCAGCUUUGACAAGGCCUCACAGGGUUGACUUAGAAAACAAACAGACAACAGUGACAAUGUAGCCUCACCCUAAAACGAUAGAGCUGCGUGCUAUGUCUAUCCCAUGAAACUAGAUUUUCUAGAGGGUGCGUACUAUCGGCUGACAUAGAGGUUCGACUGUACUUACCUAUUUAUUUAUUUAUCUAUCUAUCUAUUUCAGGGGAGCCGGGUCGGGAGUUUGUUGUACUUGGAGACAAAGAAGUUGACUACGAUCCGAGUUUUCGAUUGUACCUGAACACGAAGCUCUCCAACCCCAAGUACACCCCGACUCACUUCAGUCGCUGUAUGGUGGUGAACUACACUGUAACCAUGAAGGGACUGGAGGACCAGCUGCUGAGUGUUAUUGUAGGAUUUGAAAGGAAAGAACUGGAAGAACAGAGGGAAAGAUUAAUUCAAGAAACAAGGUCAGGACGGAAAACUUGAGUUGAGAGCUUGCACUUUCAAGUUUGCUUAAAACUGUACUAUCAGCGAAAACCGAGAAAAAGUAACGAAAGUGUUAGAAUGGACUGUUCAAACCUUAGAGGGAAAAUUCAUGACCAGUUCUGCGGUGGUAACAGGAAAACUUUACCGCAGUUGUCAUUUAAUGCUACGAUUCUUUGGGUUUCAUGUUACCUACAGACAAGAAGUACCUUGUAUAUCGUAGAAACAAUACUAAAGGAAAGUAAUUUUCUUGAAUUUUCGUUGAAAUUUUCAUGUCCUUUGGCAUGUCUCGGUUUAGGUAUUUAUCCACAAAGUGUAAGUGGUGAAAUUACAAAAUUGAAUUUUGAACUCAAUUUAAAUCGUAUGUGGAGUUUGAUAUCAAAACUUGAAAGGUUAAUCUAUAUGUUGCAGUGAUAACAAGCGACUUCUGAAAGAUCUUGAGGACACUCUUCUUCGGGAACUCGCCACUUCUCAAGGUAACAUGUUGGAUAACGUGGAGCUUGUUCAGACUCUAGAGGACACCAAGUCCAAAGCAGUCGAGGUAAAUGUUCUUUUAUUUUGUAUUUGAAUGAUAUAUAUUUUUUUGCAACUAGAGGGAAAAUAACACUAUUCGCUACUUUAGAAAAGAAAAGGAGACUGGGUCGAGUUUACUUUCGCAAAGGCUUCUGGGACUGUUUGUAGGGACCGGGGAAAAGAAUUGGCCAAUAGCUGACCGGCGCGUCCCCAGUAACGAUCCCGGAAACAAUCGCGGGACACAGUUCGGCUUUAAUUCCCUUCUCGCUGCUUUAGAAAAUAGAAGAAAACUGGGUCGAGUUGACUUUUGCAAAGACUUCUGGGACUGUUUCAAGGGACCGGGAAAAAAAUUGGUCAAUAGCUGACCCGCGCGUCGCCACUAACAAUCCCAGAAACAAUUGCGGCUCACAUUUAGGCCCCAGUUCCCUUCUCGUCUUUAAAGUGGCGAAUUGGAUUUAACACUCUAGAACUUUUCACCAGUCCUCGUGUAUUGAUUUGUUUAGGUACCCAAAGUUAGUUUUGAUUGGUCGAUGUCUUUUGAAGGCAAUCAUUAACCAAUCAUAGCUUAGGCUUCGUUCAAACUAUGCCAAACUAGUUGCUUCCGUAAGUUAAAAAUAAACUAUCCCAGAACACUAGAAUGCAUUCUCCCCUCGGUUUCUUAGGGGGCGAUCUUUGGUCAUAUACGUGUCUUUCACAAAUCGUCGAUAAAUUCCUUACUUGCGUUUCUGACUCUUUCUGUUCAACACCGCACUACCCACGUUGGGUAAAUGGUGGUUUCUUUCAACUUAUUGUUUUAUUUUGCUGUCUCGUCAGGUCGCUGAAAAGCUCAAACUUGGCGCCAAAACAGCAGUUGACAUCGACAAGCUCCGAGAUGGUUACAGGCCAGCGGCUAAACUAGGUGCCGUUUUAUUCUUCGUGUUAUCAGAGAUGUCAGCUGUUAACUCCAUGUACCAGUACUCUCUGGCGUCCUACCUUCAACAGUUUGAUUUGUCCUUAAGGAAAAGCUUGCCCGAUUCCAUCCUACCAAAGCGACUGAAAAACAUCAUGGACACACUAACCAUGAAUGUGUACAACUAUGCUUGUACUGGUAAGUAUCCCCUUAUUGGUUGAGCGUGCCACUGGCGAAAAGCGCUUUCUGUCAUAGGGCCAAUCAGAGAGCAGCCAAUCGUGCGAUACAAAAGAGACUGUCGUCCCGCUCCUGACUAGGCGAGCGUUGUAUGGACGAAUUGUAGCGGUCCUUUACUGUCGAACCGAGAACACCAGUAUUUUGUUCUCGAUGUUUUUGAGCUGCAAGGAAAAAAACGAUCAGUUUUGAGAUAGAAAAACCGUGAAAAGGAUUAGGUCAUUAGUGUAUGAUUUGUUCGUGUCUUGAUCUCCCACAUGACGGCUGAAUGACAUCAUCAACUCUCGCAACAUAUCCCAGGCUUACACACUUUUCGUUCACUACCAGUAUGAGCCACAAGUUGCUCUUGAUUUUAAGAUUCUGGGUUACAAGGCAAAUGUUAAGCUGAAAUUUCACUGCUGUAUAUAUGUCGGGUGUCCCUUAAAGUUGAAAGGUACGUAAGAAAGGUAAAUUACUAUCGUCAUACGUCCUUGGCGUCUUAUUUAAACAACCGAAAACACUCCUUUAGAACAAUGCCACGAGAGAUUUACCAAUGUCCUGAAAUCUGUAAACUCGCACCCUUCAACAUCUUCAAUUAUUGAUACAAUAAAAAACAUUUAACUUUGAUCAUACUGCAAUAGCCUUGUAACUUUAGUUCUUUAUCAGCUGUAAUUUCCUGUUUCUUGCGCCACAUAUGUUAGUGCAACUUAAUGUUAUCUCUUGUAUUUGGUACCAUAUAUCUUGUAUUAACUACCCGCCUGGAUUAGCUAUUGCUACUUACGGCUAGAUACUUCCCCUCUUCUAAUUCAUGUUAUAAUAAAGUUCCUGUUGUUGUUGUUGUUGUUGUCGUUGUUAUUGUUGUUGUUGUAGACAGCUGUCAAAUUGCUAUGUUUACUCAAAAUGUUGUCUUUGUUAUUUUCUAGGACUGUUUGAACGUCACAAGCUUCUAUUUUCUUUCCAAAUGACCAUCAAAAUCCUGGAGGCGGACGGCAAGUUAAACCCAGAGGAGCUGGAUUUCUUCCUAAAGGGUAACAUCUCUCUGGAGAAGAGCUCCCGUACAAAGCCCUUUCCUUGGCUGCCUGAUCAGGGCUGGGAAGAUAUACAGAGACUGAUAACAGUCACGCCAGAGGCCUUUAGCUCACUGGCUGAUGACAUAGAAAGAAACGGUCAAGCAUGGAAGGAGGUAUGGUUUCUUAGUCAAAUCAUUGUCAUUGUCCGCCGGAGCCGGGUUGCACAAAGUUAAGAGGAAACUGGACCGAGUUAACUUUCGCAAAGACCUUUGGGGCUGUUCUAGGAGCAGGGAGAAACUGGCCAAUAGCUGACCGGCGCAUCAUCAGUGACGAUCCCAACAAUUGCGGGACACCUUUCGGCACCAGUCCUCUGUCCUCUUAUGGUUUCUAAAGUGGCGAAUGUUGGAGCGAAAUUGAAUUCAGAUAUGAAAGCUUAAAAGACAAAUUCAGUUAAAUUGUGUACAAUUUGACUGUUGAAUGGUCUAUAAACAAUACAGAAAAUUAUCCGAGAAAAUACUUUUGAACAAAAGAAGGAAAGGCAUACUAAAAUUUAACCCCGGGUUAACGCUAAACGGCGUUGGAACAACUGGGCCCCGAGGGUCGUCCUUAACAAACAAAUUUUCUUGGUGCUGACUGAUUAGAUUUCUGAAGAUGUGUCAAUAAAAUAUCUGCCUCCAAUCCAAGGAGUGUAGAAGAUAAGCAGCUUUGUAGGUCGUUACCGCAAGGAUUCUGUAGUCAUUUACAUUGCCAGCUUAUCGCUUUCUCUUGUGACUGAUAACGUGCGGGUCAUAGCUUCGUGUUUAAAACUCAGAUGAAUACAUUUCAAUGAAUGUCUUUUUUUAAUUCUUUAAAUGUAUUUCUUUUCAGUGGAAUGAUCACGAUUCUCCCGAAUCCGCGCCCUUCCCUGGCAAAUACGAAGAGAGCCUGACAGACUUCCAACGUCUCCUGCUACUCCGUUGUUUCCGCGUGGAUAGAGUAUACCUCGCCAUCACAAACUUCGUGACCGGAAGGAUGAGCGAGAAGUAUGUGACCCCGCCGGUGAUCAGCUUUGAGGCGAUAUUCGAGCAGUCCAAUCCCUUCUCCCCUAUUAUCUUCAUCCUCAGUCCUGGUUCGGAUCCUGCCAGUGAUCUUAUGAAGCUGGCUGAGAGGUCAGGAUUUGGCGGUAACAAACUCAAAUUUCUUGCCAUGGGACAGGGACAGGAGAAGGUAAGGGCGUUAGUGAGCUUAAGCAACUAAGACGUUUUUGAGCGACGCACGUCAACCGGAAGUCAACUUUUUAUAUUCUUGGGCAUUGGUUUUGUCCAAAUUUUCAAGUAAAGAGUCUCUGUGCACUUAGCAAUACUAAUUUAGAAGCGUCAAAUGUGGUAUAUCAAAAGGGAAAAGAGCUCACUUCCGGGUGACGUGCGUCGUUCAAAAACACCUUUACUUAAUCUCCUUAUUACAAUCUCUGUGAUGCUUUUUGUCCAAUGAUAGUUGACUAGCAGGCAACUCUAUCCUAACAGCACUUCUCUAGACGAAUAUCUCUUUCCCAUGAUACAGACAUCGACCCCUCCCCACUAACACAGACACCAUGAGUUGGUCCCUGCCAGUUUUCAGUUUCUUUUUCCUGUUUGUUUGUUUCUUUGCCUCUCUGCAAGGCCUACGCUUACUGCUGGUGACAGAGGUGAAAGCGUUCACAUUCUUAAGCCGAGCAACGUUGUGGAAACGUUUAAAGUACUUUGCGAGCUGUCGCUUAAAUCAAAACAACACUUUUUCCUUCAUCAGUUUCCUUAGUAUGUGAACGAAAACAAAACGCUCAACAUCAAGUCUUACUACCUGUUUUGUUGUUCGUUUUAUAGUUGGCGUUGCAACUCCUUGAGACAGCGAUAGCAAGGGGUCAGUGGCUAAUGCUUCAAAAUUGCCACUUGUUGGUGAAGUGGCUGAGAGAAUUAGAGAAGGUCCUGGAGCGAAUCAGCAAACCUCACCCCGAUUUUAGGCUGUGGCUCACUACAGACCCCACCCCAGAGUUCCCUAUUGGCAUUCUACAAAGGUCUCUCAAGGUAUUGUACACAGUGCAAAUUAUUGUUCACAUUUAAGAAUACCUUAAAGGAUGAGACUGUAGUUCUAUAAUUUAUCUUGUUGAAAAGCGUUUAUAGGUUACCCAAUUAUUGUCUCUUGGUUACUCGCAGUACCAAAGAAGUUAUGCAUGCCCGAACCAGAGCGACUAGGCUAAAAAACCAAGACCUAGACCAUACCAAGUCGCUUGUGUAUGUUUAGCCUGCGGGCAAGCUAUCCAUUUCCAGUGGCAAGCCUUGCGAGUUGUAAAAGAACGCGCGAGCGAGCGGAGAAGCCGCGAGGGGUGUCUCCUUCCGCCUCUUAAGGUAUCCCCCAAAGUGAGAGUUGCUAGCAAGUUAUUGUAUGUUGAGUUAGAGUGACUUUAUUUUUAUCUCCUUUUUAGGUUGUCACCGAGCCGCCAAAUGGUCUUAAGUUGAACCUGCGCAGUACAUACCACAAGAUAACCAAUCAGGCACUUGCUGAUUGCCCGCACCAGUCCUUCUCGCCUCUUGUGUAUGUAGCAUAUUUUCCCAUAUAUGAUAAAUGUUCCCAGCCUGUCCUGUCGAUGGCAGUGUCUAAAUUUUUUAACGCACCAUACAAAAACAGAGUUAGAGCUUGCCUGCGAGUUGGGUCUUUUGCGUUCUAUAUUAAGGACACUUUGCAAGAGCGACUGCUGUGCAUGCUAUCUCCCGCUCCCACCUGUCUCCUCCAAUGCGUUAGAUUAGUUUGUUUUCCUUAUGACGCAAAUAAAAUUAUUUACUGCAUUUAGAUAUUGUGACUGAACGGAAUAAGUUCUUCCUCGUUCGUUGUUCAAUUGUAAAAUAAAAUGAAAGCAUGUCACUAGCAAGGUAUACAUGUUAGCGAAAUACUGAUGCCUAAAUUUACUUUCUUUUCAACAGAUAUGUGUUGGGAUUCUUCCACGCUGUGGUGCAAGAAAGAAGAAAGUACGGCAAGAUUGGUUGGAACAUCGCUUACGACUUCAACGAGUCGGACUUCAGAGUCUGCAUGACAUUACUGAACACUUAUCUAACUAAAUCACUUGAGAGUCCGGACAAGAGAAUCCCUUGGGCCAGCUUGAAAUACCUCAUAGGCGAGGUGGGUAGCUAGCUGAACGGGUGUUUGGUUAAAAGCCAGUUGUAUACAUAGAACUUGCAACUAUUCAUUGCACAGAGCCCAAAUAGUCGGUUUGUGUAACCGUUAAUUUUUCGAUGUAAAACGUGUUAUUUACGGUACGUACGUUUUACAGUUUUAAACACGUUGAUUUAAAUCCGAUCCAUUGUAAAUUACAGUUACAAUAAGCUGUUUAUUGAUGUGUCCUGGUUGUAAGCUUUUCAAACUAUCACAGUGUUUCAUAGUCCUGUUGGAAGCCAACUGUUUCAUAUUGCUGAGGUAAACUGAUAGCCCUUAGAAACAAAAAUUUACUGGGCCUGCCGGUGGUCGUAGGUAGCCCCGUCGAAACAUUUGGAUCUGUUUAUCAUUAGUACGAUCCUUUUCAUGGCCUCAACAAAGAAUGUGAAUGCCAGGCUUUUUUUAUACCCCCGGUAUGUUAUUCCUCAAGUUCCCGCGAAGAUAAUCUCAUGUAUUCUUGAGAUGUAUGGUUUUCAAGCAGUUUUACAGUUUGGGAUUGAGUAUAGAAUUCAAAGGGUAUUAUGCCAAAUUUAUCGGUGGGUAUAGAAUUAGAGUGAAUUAGAGUUAGAGUGUUUGUUUAAUAUAUUUAGAAAGUGUUGCAAGAUAAGAUUGAAAAAUCUGUCAAAAUUAGCCCUAGGGUUUUCGGGUCCCCCGGGACAAACUACAGAUGAGAGUGGGUAACGUCAUGGUAGAACAGAUAGAGAAAAGACACUCGAGUGAAACCUCUAGAUCCUGACAAUUUUGGCCUCACUUCCGGUUGAUCGCGUUUAACUUCUUUUUCUGUUCUAACGAUAUUCGUUUUUGGGUUUCGAACUUUACUGCUUAAGUUGAUAACAACUUGAAAUUAUAACCUUCCUUCAGGUGAUGUAUGGUGGUCGUGUGAUCGAUGAUUUUGAUCGCCGUGUGGUCAAGACGUACAUGGACGAGUACAUGGGAGACUUUAUCUUUGACACUUUCCAACCAUUCCACUUCUACAAAAACGAAGAGGUGGACUAUUUCAUCCCCAAACCUGAAAAAGGUGAGUGUUCAUGUUAGGUCGAUUGUUUUAUCUGUAAGUACAUGCUGAGAAUUCAGAGAAUUUGAGAUUUUAGAUCUAUAAGCUUGUCCAGAGGUGUUAACCCUUUAAACCCUAACAUCAGAAUUCAAAUUCUCAUUUGUUAUCCCGAUAUGUCUUCAGUAGAAGUAGUGGGGAGAAUUUGUUGAAGUAUCGAUUAGAUUCAUCUAGUGUGAUCAUGUCCCUAAUUCUCAUGACCACUCUGUUUUACAAAGCAUAGAUAUUACAAGGAGAAAUUUGAUGCUGAUCACUCUUAGGGCUUAAAGGGUUUUAAGGUAGUGGCUUUAUACUUUCCCCUUCCCCUCUCAUUUCAGGACCCGUCACUUUUGUGUAAAUUUUUCGACGAUUGCACAACUCACUCCUUCUACAAGAGACAUCCGUUAAUGACCUUCACCAGUAACAUCGGGAAAAAUGGUUUGACAUUUAUCCACAUGAAUGAGCCAUUGUGGCGUACUAUUCAAUCACGAAUGCACUGUGAAAAAGAAAGCAUGAUAGAGAAAACGGGCGUUUUUGGUACAGCAGAUAAUCCACACUCCCUUGUAACGAGUACAUGUUUUCAAACGAGCCUUCCCAUUCAUGGAAGCCAAAAAGAAGUUCAGUGUGGAACAUUGUAGCAGUUACUACUUCUUUCAGAAACAAGACACAAUAUUAGAGACGUGACUGUAUUGACAAAAGCAGCAGCUUGUGCUUAUGAGUAACUCCUGCGUUGUUCAGUGUAGUGAACGAGCAACUGAGAGCAAGAGGAGCAAGAGUGGUGCAGUGGUGAGAGCACUCUCCACCCACCAAUGCGGCCCGGGUGAAAAUCCCGUCGUCGACCGAACCUAUAUGGCUUGAGUUUGUUGUUAGUUCUCUCUCAUACUCCAGUUUUCCCCGCUCCACAAAACCAACACUUCCGAAUUUCAACUCCAUCUGGAACGCACGGACACGACACGUUUUUAAGAACUCGUACGUGUUUUUAGGUGAACCAAUUAUAAUAUUUCUUUUAGGUGCUUCGGAGAGUAACCGAGACUUGUACGCAGACGCCAUCGAAGCCCUACCCUUAUCCAAUACCCCGGACGUAUUUGGACUCCACCCCAACGCCGAGAUCGGCUACUACACGCACUCAGCCAAGGAUAUGUGGAGUCACUUGGUUGAACUACAGCCGCAGACGGGCGGCGAGUCGGGGGGUGUAAGCAGGGAAGAGUUUAUCGGGAAAAUAGCCACUGAUAUCCAGGGCAAGUUACCACCAUUGUUUGAUGUGGACAGAGUGAGGAAGAGCAUCACGGAUAUCACACCCACGUACGUGGUAUUGCUGCAGGAACUGGAUAGGUUUAAUGUUCUCAUCAGGAAAAUGUCCACCUCGCUUAUUAACCUUCAAAGGGUAAGCUGCAGGCAAACGCGUCUUACUUAUCAUUUCUUCCCCCACCCUUCCCCUCAGCGUUUAAUAUUGAGCGCCUUCACAUGACAUCACAGCGGCCAUAUUGGUUUUCUAAAACAAUGAAAUGCGGCAAUGUUAGUUCAACCAAUCCUGUGAGAUCUGAACUCUUUUCUUAUGUAAACGCUUUCUUUUGCUGCAAUACAUUUGCAUAGAUGCUGACCCACACAUGAGUGAAAACACUCUUUUCUCUUCCUUUGCCCGUUUGCCAACGUUCGGAUUUAAUUCGUAUAAUUUAUUGCUGGUUUGCACAUUUGCUUUUUUACUCUGAGUGUUAUUGGCGUUUCCUGGUGCAUCACGUACUUACCGCAAUAUUGUUUUUCUCCAGGCCCUUGCGGGUGAAGUGGGAAUGAGCAGUGAACUGGACGAAGUUGCGCGUGCGUUGUUCAACGGGCAAAUUCCUAACAUUUGGCGCAAGCUGGCUCCAGCAACUCUCAAGUCUCUUGGAAAUUGGAUGGAACAUUUCCUCAAACGCUUGAACCAGUAUAACAAUUGGGUGAGUGCUUCGUUCUUGUGUCGUUGGCGCAUUGUUGUUCUUUUUGAAUCGCAAAAUCAGUCUUGGCUUGAUGAGAUUUAAUUUGUUUGCGUCCCUUUGCGAAAGUUAUAUUUUUGUGAUUUUCCAUUAAAACACCAUGUUCAAAUACAGAUUUUGUGCGUGAAUCCGUCAAGUGAAAUCCCUGGUUUGCCAUACCCGGAUUCCUCAAUUUAUUCUAUACAUUUUGAAAUCUCUAGUGAUCCGUGCAAUCUGAUUGGCCCUCAGCAGUGUGAUUUAUUCACGAGUCACGCUAUUUUUUUUAUCUAAAUCACAUGUGUUGAAUCGCGUCAUUCGUGUUCUAAAUCGCAUCAUUUCUGCUUUAAAUCGCCCCAUUUUUGCUCUAUAUCGCAUCAUUUCUGUGUCGAAAUGAGAUGUAAAAGUCUUUCUUUUUCCGCUUUUCAACAAACCGGCUACUUGAUCAAUGAAAUAUUGGUACUGACUAAAUUCUGUGAUUUCAAAACCGCUAUAAUAAAGUCGGGUAAUCGAACUUUGUGUCGUGCAAUUUUGGUCUGAAAUCAUUGAAGUCACGCGUAUGAUUUCAGACCAACUUGCACUCCACUCAGUUCAAUUACCAUCAUUAAACUCACCCUAGGAGGUUCAAGAUGGAGCACUGUCAAUAAAUCGAGAUCUUUUUCAACACAUAUCCCACUAGAGCAGUACCUCGUUAAGUACUUUCGUUUACUUUGCUUGUAGGUCAAUGAAGGCGAACCUGCAGUAAUCUGGUUAUCUGGUCUGCAUAUCCCUGAAUCAUAUUUGACAGCUCUAGUGCAAGCUACCUGUCGU